CUCCAGACAAAAUAGAGAGCAGCUUGAACGAUGUCGAGCGGAAUUAGAACUGCUCGUAAAAUCCGAUACAUAAAUUUGCUAGUGAACAAUGCAACGAGAAAAUAAGUCCGAUGACUGGGUCAAGCUCGUAUUGCGGAGGUUCCGAGCUCAGGUAGGUUUGCGUGUUUUAAGUAUGUCGGCGUUUUUGCGACGUAAUCAGCUACAAGUAGCAAGCAAGCCGACUACUAAGGCACCGCAUGGGAAUUACAAUCUUGAUUUUUAACAUUCUUAGCCCAGCAAGACAUUCUUAUUGAAAGACCAAGUGUUUGUCAGUGGUAAAGUGAUGAUGUGCAUUGCAUUCGUUCGAAAAAUGUCUCCUGUCCUCUAGGAAUUAACCCAUAUGCUGUUUUUCAAGGCCUACAAGGUUGUGCAUUUGAUUGCACGGUGGAAUUUUUUACACUAGAGUAAUUUUUUCCUAUUGUUUGCAUUAAAUGAAUAAGACGAGGUUUAUAUAUGUUAGUAUAUUAAAUUUGUGGGUAAAAACAAAACGUUUUGGGUGGAAAAUGUUUUAACUUGAACGAUAAGAUAUUAAAAGCUAGUCAAGCAGAUGGCUGUUUCGAUAAUAUUUAUUUGAGGCAUCGAUCAGGCCGGAGUACAGUUAGUUACCAAUUAUUUAUGCUUAUCCAGCAAUUUACUUAACCUUAUUUUUAUUGUGAAAGAGAAAUGCGAUUCUUCUGUUAAUGACCAUGUCCGAGUUGUGUUAGUGUCGAGAUUUUCUUAUGAUUUCUUUCCCGUGUAUCAUUUCGAACAUGUUUGUCAGAAAUGGAUAAAGAGAUUUUUUCCCGCCUUUAUUCUCGUGUCAUUCCAUUCGCGUCUUUAGGUUAUGUUUUAGGAAACAAAAAAUCAGAGAGGGCUAUCAUGUUAAGUUUGCUUUGAUGACUGAAAACUCAACAGAAGAUAACAAAAGUUUCGAUAGAUAAAAGUCUAUGACAAGAAAUUUUGUUGUACUAUUUAAAGUCCUGAUUUCAAUCAUAUGACAAUGCCAGUAGGGGGUUAGAACUCUUAGCAAGUUUGUUUACCCAAAUAAUGUGGGUAAAGGGGUUUAUGUGAAAAAAAGAAAACUGCAGUGCUGCGUCAGAGCAGAAGUAAAGUGAGAACUACAGGGUGCAAAGAAAGUCAUUUUUACAGCUUGCCAUUCAGGCAAGCUGGAGCUAGCAUUUACUAGCCAAGACGUCAUUUCAACUAGCCCCAAAAGCUGUUUGACGAGCAGAAUUGAUUUAACAGUUCUUCUGUUAUUCGAAUUCCGCAAAAAACAUCACCUGCCCGUGGGGCAAGUUAAAAACAGAAUUCACUAGCCCGAUAACAAAAUCCACUAGCCCUGGGCUAUCGGACACUACUUUCUUUGCACACUGAAACUAGGUGUUUUCAGCUGAGUUGAUAUGGUCAAUUUCAAUGUCAGUACCUUAAAUAUCUCAUCAACAUAGAAACGUGUUAGACUUUCUCUAAGCCUGUUUCUGGUACGUUUCUGCUGGUUAGGUGAUCAGUUAUGUUGUUCGUCUUGUAACUCCCUCACUCACUUUCUCUAGCUGUGACCAUCCGUUGCAGUGACCCUUGUGCCUUUUGGCAAGUUUACAUAGGUGUCUGUAUAUAUGGUUAUCAGGUCCUCAGUUUUUGUGCUAAAAAUUGAUGGAUUCUUACAUUCUUACCUCUUGUACUCGUGGCAAAAUUUCGAGAAAAAACGUAACAGAAAAAAGUUACUUGAAAAACAACCUCAGUCAGGUUUCGUGAGCGUACUCUCUUUGUGAUUGCUAGAGUUUCUAUACCAUAGAGGUAAAUGUUCUAAAUGUUCAUGUGCAUUUCAAAAUUCAUUUCUUCCUUGCAGCUUCCAUUUGAAUCAUCUAACUCCCAACAAAACCAUGAAAGCACAGAUCACAUCAAGAAAUGCAUUGUCAGCCUCAGUGAACAUAACUUCACUAUGGUGGUGUCAGAUCUGGCAAGUUUUAUUAAGGAGCCAGCGUUUCUGGUGAGUGAGUGAGUUUAACUUGUCCAUUUAUUCAAGUCUUAUUCACUUCAUAUUUCAAGGUGUAAUAUUAAUCUACUGAGCACAUUUACUCAACCCACUUUUUCACCAUGUUAUGGAGGGCUGGUCAAACGGGAUAGGAAUAUUCAACCUGCGAUUAGGUAUUCUUUUGGGGGGGGAGAGUGAAAAAGUCAGCAAAUGGCCAAGGGUAAAAAAGAACUUUUCCCUUGUCCUUUUCCCCUCGUCCUUCGCAGAAAAAGGGGAGAAGGGCUACCUGAUCGUAGGGUCGGGAGUAUUGCCUACUUUAUACAUGGAGCUAUUAGAAAUGUGUGCCCCAGCCACAAAUUUCUCAUACCGGUAAAUGUUAAAUUCCCCUGCCCCUCUUGCCAUUUCUCUGCCUACAACUGUACAUCUAUAGGCACUAUGAAAACAAGUGAGAUCAGUGGAGAGUAAGGUGCAGUUGUCAGUAGUUACUGUAUUCAUAAAUUCUGAGAGGCAAAGAGUCACAGACAGCUUACUUGAUCUUUAAGCAGUAAUAUUUUAGCUAAUAUCUUGUUUUGACUGAAAAGAUAAGCUAUUGCAGGCUUAAAGACUCCUUCUCACCCCCCUUGGAAAAAUAAGACAGUCACAUGACUGUACUUUCUGGUUGCUUUUCUCUUUAGGGGAAUGUCUUCAUGCACUCAAAACUCAAAUUCUCAUUUCAUUUACUGUAUGUGAUUGCAACUGUAGACUCUCUUGAAGUUGGGCAGAGUUUUGUCUGGAACAAGGUGUCCAUCUUAUUGAGGUGCCCAUUACAAGAGAGUUUACUGUAAACCAGUACUGUAAACUUCGGAUCAUAAGCCCUGGGCUUAUACAUCUUCGUAAGGGUUUUUACGAGGGCUUUUAAAUGGGGGUAGGGGCUUAAAACUGGACAAAAAAAUGUUUCAAAGCAAGCUACAUAGCAGUGCUGAUCAAAUACUUUUUGAAUUUGAUGGCUUUUGUAAGCCUCAAAACAUGAAAAGGCGAAUUCAUUUCAAUACAAGCUAAAGGGGUGGGGGGUAUAUUCGGGGUGGGAGAAGGCUAGAUAGGCGUAUAUAUGGGGGGCUUAUAAGUGCGGAGGGGGUGCUUAUAACUAAAAGUUUAUGGUAUCUUGCAAAUAAGUAUACGUGAAGUUGACGUUCAUUACCAUUUCAUUUCAGUGCUCACUGUCAGCAGAAAACGUGACGCUUGCCUGUCAAUCCAAUGGCUUGACAAUGGACACUAUGGCUAAAUGUUUUGAACAGGUAUGAUAAUGUCAUCAAAAUUGAAUGUCACAAUUUUAAGUCUGAUGUUUGCCUAAACUUGUCUAAAUGUCAAGCCAAACAUGAACUCUGAAAAAGGUGUACCAAGCUAAGCUUGAAAACCAACUAGUGAAUCUUGAGAGGGAUGGCCAUCAGCUCAGUAUCCUGUAUGUUGGGACGUUGUUUAACUGCUAAGAACUUUUGGACAGUCCUUAUCCUGGCAUAAAAGUGAAAUUGAACAGCUUAGAAUAAAAUGUAGCUCAGUGAUGAUUUUGCAUUAAUUUUUUUAUGUUUGUUUUUUCAAUCAACAAAGCAUCCGUUUUUUGGCGGGGGGAGGGGGACGCACUUCUUGUGGGUAAACAUCAGUAAUCUCUCAUAUUUGAAAAUUUACAUGUACGUGUUAAGGGAUUCUCCUUUCUCUUUCUAGAAUCCAGACAAAUGUGCAGCAUUACCUGAUGAAGUUUUGAACAAACGUCUCCUUCCUGCAAUUUGCCAGGUAUGAAUUUUUUAUGCGACUCUGCUUAUUAUGUUUAACUGUACAUGUACAUGUAUAUACAGUUGCACAUUGUCAAAUCAGUGUUUUAUAUUGGUCACCCUUGGAAAACUUUCUGAUGACAGUCAUAUACAGGGUGACUGCUGUACACAGGUUUCCUUUAAACUCUGCUGGAAGUUAUUGAAUAACCUUUUUAUGUGAAGAUAAUCACCCAUUUAAAUUGUAGGGACAAUAGUUAAAAUAUAAGAGCCCUGUCACAAGCAUGCGUAGGAUGUAGUUGUAUUCGGUAGUUGAAUUUAUGUAUUUUGCGAGACCCCUGCCCCAGUGGUCACACUUAAUGAGCUCUUGAACAAAGCUUGCAAUAAUUCAUUUAAGAUUUUAUGUUAAUUCAAUUUAGUGGUGGUUGUACAUAUACGGAUAAAAAAGCAAUGAAAUUUUGGAUUUGGGAAGUCUAAAGACUGACUGACAGGUGACUACUAUAUACAGGCCAUCUUAAUGGUAAAUCUAAGGCACAAUGUUUCUGAAAGUUGUUCAGUGACCAUGAUAUUCAGGGUGACAGCUAUAUACAGGGCCGCUGUACACUGUUUUGACUGUAGUCAGAUUGGACAGUAAGAGUUUCGUUAUUGAUCACUCUUUGGGACUUUUUCCAAAGACUGCAUUUCUUUGAUUUAUAUUCAGAUUCAGAAUUCACUUGUUUCCUUGGUGUAUUAUUUUCAACAGUUCAUUACUCAGUCAAAUGGAUUUCCCUUGGAAGCUGAACAGAGAGCAUUAGCUGGUAGAGUUCUCUCUCACAUCAGUGUCCAUCAUUUCUCUGCUCUUUUUAAUCGCAUUGCAAUUAGGUGAAUACAAAUAAUUAUAUUAUGAUUUUUAGUAAAUUUUAUUGUGCAUUUUUUUUUGCUUUUGAGAAAAAAAGAUAAAAUAAUUCAAUCAUUGUUCCAAAAAAAUUAAAUGAAAUAUAAAAAUUGCAGGAAUUGCAGGAAGCUUUGAUUUCCAAGUAAUUGACAAUCUGGAAAGAUUCAUUUUGCACUUGGCCAAGUUUGUUGUUGAGGAAACAAAAGGCUUUUGUUGUUACUGCUUCAACAGUAGUUUUUCUCAAAUUACUGUCUCAAAAACAUUUUUUGCAUGUUUUUGUCCCUAUAACUUGGCAGAAAUCAGAAUAAAGAGGCUGAUACUUGCCUCAUGACGUGAGCCAGUGUGCCUAAUAAAGGAUAUUUUACUUGUAAAGUAGAAUUAACUAAUCAGAGAUUAUUGCAGCCUUCAUUUUACCAUAUAUACUCAGUUUUGUUGGCUACAACAGCCACAUUAUAUUUAGCAUGUGAUUAAGGACAUUGCGUGACUUUGUUCUUAUGCAAGAGUGGCCUGUUUAUUUAGAUAUUCGCAAGAACUGACCUUUUCUUGAUAACAACUCUUUACUGUUACUAGCUGUAAGUUAUACUAAGUUAUGCCUAUAGCCGUCAUACCACUUGAGUGCUUCUUUGUAUUUUAGCUUUGCAUGUUCACGCUGCAUUUUAUUCAGUAGGUUAUAUGCAUCAGUUGUUUAUAUUUUCCCCACCACAUACCCUCCCUUUGCUUCAAUAAAGCUGGACUACUGGCUUGAGUGCACACCUACCACUCUUACCACCUUAGUUUGCUCACUUGCAUUGCCUCCUUUAUUACUGUGUAGGGUGUGUGGCUGCCACCCUCAUUCCAUUGCAUAUUAUUACUACGGUGUGUCGCUGCCACCCUCAUUCCAUUGUGUAUUAUUGCUAGGGUGUCUCCCUACCGCCCUCGUCGAAUUACCCAAUUGCAUUACCCAGUUUAGGGUUUGUCUCUGCCGCCCUCAUUGCAUUACCCAGUUUAGGGUGUGUCUCUGCCACCUUUAUUGCAUGCAUCUAUGGGGGUGAGUUGCUGCCGCCCUUGCUUUACAUUAGGUUGCACCCAACAACCUUUAGUCCCUUUUACUGCCAAAGAUUUCUAGUUGUGUAUUUUCUUUGUUUAAGUUUACAGUAUUAGUGAUUAAGUUGUUAAGUACCAUCCCCCCAGUUUUUGCAAGGGAAUAUCAUCUUUGUUUAUCCCUGGUUCAAUUGUGUCACAUUAAAGCCUUGCGUCAGUGUGAAGAGCUCAGAGCCUGCAAAUUAACCAAUGUUUAAAAUAAAAAUUUUCAUUCAAUUAUUGUAAACUCUUUUAUGAAAUGUUUUCAGCUCAUGUCCUUUAUAAUCCAUUAUUCUGUGCAGAAGUGGUUCAGUCUUACUAACCAAUGGCCAUUUGUAAGUUAUUGAUGUCUUCACUUUUCAGAUUACAUGUUCUUGCCAAUACGGAAGAUAAUUCUGACACUGGGGAUAUUGAACUCAUUCGUCAUUUACAUGUGAAUGUCUCAUCUCUCAAAAUUCUCUUGCAAGGUACAACUUUUGCUAUUAUUGUUAUUAUUAUUAUUAUUUUCAUCAUCGUUUUUUUUUUUAAACUUUUGAAGCCAAUCCAUAAUUUCAAUCUCUGUUGGAAACCUGUUUGGUUUCACGACAUGAAAACUAUUCAAUCCUCCCAUAAGUGUACGUCGUAACGGUUACAUGUACUUCUUUUAUUUCAGAGAGCAUUCAAGUAUUUAAGUCCCUAAAGAAGACUGGUCAGCUAGCACUGGUGUCAGGAUUAGAAAAGGUAGGCUUAAUUGCAUCAUGUUAAUGAAUAAUACACAUGUAAGCUGUCAGAUGACAACUUGGAUGGCAAAAGUGGCAUAACUGUAUGUCACUGUAGGCACGACAAAUCAAGUGAAUGUCACAAAGAAAACAGAAGAUAAUUAUUUUAAGUUCCAACACCCCCUUCCUGCCUGGAUUUCCAUAGUAUUUGCCCCCUCACCCCCUAUUUACCUGAGAAUUUCCAGAAACUCAUCUGUAGGGUGAGUGUCUUUUUUUUCUGGAAUAACGCAAUGCAACUUUUUGCCAAACCAAUAAUUAUCGUUCAUAGCUUAUUUUAUUUCUGCUUUAUAUUUGAUUGUAUAUGACUGUCCUAUUCAGCAAGGAGACCUUACUUGUAGAGAAGCCUAAUGGUUUCUGAAAGCCCCUUUACUUUCCUUACUAUCUUCUUGAAUAUUUUAUAAUGUAUACUGCUGAUUUCUGUAAAUAUUACUAAACCAUUUCUCUCUUCUUGUAUGGCAAAAUAAAUAAGUAAAUAACCGAGGGUAAAAGUGAACCACUCCUAAAACAUUUUGAUUUCUGUUACUUUGUACUAGGCAAUAUGGAACUGGGUAGAAAACAGUCCUGAUGAAUUGGCACAUCUUCAAAGGCAACCUUCACCUGAGCUUUCAGGUAGGCUUUACAAUUAUUUGUCUUGCUUAUUUCCUGGGUGGAAAUUUGGUCCAAGUGAUGUAUAUGUUGUAGUUAAUUUUUUGUCUCAGUUAAUUUUGUUUUCUAACUAGUUAAUUUUUUUCUAACUAGAUAAUUUUUUUCUAGCUAGUUUAUUUUUUUCUAACUAGGUAAAUAAUAAUUUAACUAGUUCAUUUACACAUGUAACACUAAAGAGCUUACAGAAACUUGUUUAAAUAUGUACGUACAGUACCUUAAAACUAUUACUAUUUUCAAACAAGAAAUAAAACUGUAACGGCAAUUCUAUCACAAAUCAACUGUCCCUCCCAAAAGUAUUAAACCGUGAAAAUUAUGUACCUUAUAGAUAAACAAAUUAUAAUCAUAAUAAAAUUAUGAUAAUUAUGAUAAUAAUAAAUCCCUGGGAUAGUUGCAACUAGACCAAGUCAAAGUGAUUUGGGUAAGAUGCUAAACCUAAUGUCUGCAUGAAACAAGGUUUGUUAUGAUUAAUACCUGAGAAGUCACCAAUGUAUGACUCAUUAUUUGAUAACUUAUCCCUUUUACAAAAUAAUAAAAAAUGCAUCCACAAUGGUUGGGCUCAUUUCCUGUAUAUUUUUCCUUGGAGACAUGCAGUAGAGGGUUGUCACUUUAUUCCACAUGAACAGUUGUUUUGUUAAUCCUGUGACAUAUGUGCAGUACAAUGUGCUAUUUAUUAUGUUUCCCAGAGUAUGCCGAGAAACUUUUCGACAUGGUGGAUAACUUUGCAGAAAGUUCCAAAAGGAAGGCCGCAGUCUGGCCCCUUCAAAUAAUGCUGCUUAUUUUAUGUCCUGUAAGAAAAUUUUGUUAUUAUUGUGCACACAUACAUGUGUUAUCAUAUUUAACCUUUAAGCCCAAAUAUCCACAUACAAAUUCUUCAGACUGAUAUUCAUACGUUUCCUUAGAGAUAAGUUGAGAGAGUUUAAUAAAAGAUCAUGCAUUUUCUCUUUGGUGAUCAUUUGAUUAAUUCUCAUAACCAUUUCUCUUGACAAUGUAUGGAUAUUGUUAGGAGAAAAUUGAUGUUGGUCACUAUUGGGACUUAAAGGGUUCAUUAUUGAGUUGAACAAUAAUGAUAACAAAAAUACAUGUAGCAACGCUGAUGGCAUUAUUGAUGUUGAUGAUGACAAUGGCAAUGACGAUGAUGGUGAUGAUUUAAAUUGUCUGGUUUACUGUAACAAUGAGAGCUUGCUGUAACAGUAUUGGCUAUAUUAUUGUGACAAUAUUAAUGUGUGUAAUUUUUUUUUGCUCAUUCAGGACAUGCUUGAACAAAUAGCUACAUGUGAAAAAGUAUUUGAAGUUAGCAAGGCCAACAAGGUAUUAAUUAUUUAAAUACCUGAUUAGCAACAAAACUGCAAUCUGACCAUAAAUGAAUUUUUUUUUGGUUGUUUGUACUGUGAGUUCCCAUUUGAAAGAGCCUUUGUUUGCAUUUUUUUUUUGCCUUAUUUUUAGGCAGGUCAUCAUAAUUAUUCACCUCGUAGCUUCUGAAUGAGUUCAAUUUUUUUGGCCAGUUUUGUUGCUCAUUUCAUCUUCCUCUUCUCCAUUCCACAUUUUGGUGCUCUUAUUACCUUCCUCUAACCCCAUUCCCUGUUAAUUCAGUACCUGCAGCUCUCGUAUGGGAGGCUAAUGGCUGGAAUGUAUGGAAAGAACCUAAAUACCAAAGCAUACAAUCCCUAUUUCAGCUAUGUUUGUCGUCUGUAUGACUAUAAGAUGCAAUUACAGAAAAUCACAGUGUACAAAUGUUUCUUUCAGCCUUCUUGACAGAGACAUCACCAAGACAAUUAUUGACAACCAACCAAGGUCUUAAAAAAACUUUUACGACCAUGCUCACUUCACCACAAUCAUGACUUAUAUUUAUGUCGUAGGGUGGUGACAUUAAGUCAUAUGCAUUCAUGUCUCCUUAAUCCUUCCCCGUCAGACUCGAAGAGGAAAUAUAGUGCUCACACUUCUGUUCCGAGUAGACCCUGGUAUCUUGGUCUAUUUUUGUUGGGUUUUGCUGGAAGGAAGCAAGGGUGGCACAGUUGGUCAGUGCACAGCCUUUGGUGCACGAGGUGCUGAGUUUGACUAGCUUUAAAUGCCCUUAAACAGAGCUUUGAUGGAGAGAGGGAGGUAAAGUGAGUGCACCGUUGACCUCAAGUUAAUCAGUUAUUACUGUCACGACUUACUGACGUAAAAUAUGGUUGCUUUUCCUUUACCUUUACCUUUAAGGGAAGGCCCGUGGUGACUGGCUUUUGCAGUGCCCCUGAUGUUAAAAUGCAUGCUGCCAAAUGAAUGUAGCACAUUCUUAAUUUAUGAUUUUUCUUCUAACUUGUAUUUUUGACAGAAAGAGUUCCUUGAUCACUUGAAAAAGGCUCUGACAAGUACCAAGACUUUGACUGAGAGUGCAGCUGUUGUAUGUGUUAAACUAUGCAAAGUUGCCACUUAUAUGAAACCUGAAGACAACUCUGUUCUGUGCUUUCUCGUGGUGACCAUGCUGAAUGAAUUAAAGGUACUGUCUCAGUAGUGGUAUAGAAAUGCUAUGAUAAGUUUGAUGUUGGAUUUGUUAUCAUGCAAAAAAGAUAGAUUAGUGGAACUGGAUAUUGGUAAUGAAUAUGUGAGAGUCAUGAAAUGGUCAUCACUAUGACCAUUUAACCAGAUGCUCUAAUCACAAAGUGCUAGGAAUUCAUGGUGGGGAAACCCAUAUGGUUCAAAUGUCAUGCCAUUUAAGAUACCCACAGCUGUAGCCCAUUCGUUCAUUGCUUGUCCAGUUUUGCAUGACCACCCUGGAAUUUUAGAAAGAUAAAAGGCAGUCAGCAAGUUUAAUCAGACUAUCAUGUCUCUUUCAGGGUCUUUUGUUCAAUGUCAGCAAGCCAUUUUCUUUAGGAUCUGGAAGCCUUGUCACAACAGAGGACCUGAUGGUUGACUGCUUUGUGUCCAGUUUUCGAAUCAACUACAGGAACAACCAGCACUUUGAUAUGUGUCUUCAGCCAAGUUCUCCCUUUAUCUACCAGCUUGCAUAUGUUAAGGGAACUUACUCCAUAGUGAAGCAGGUAUAGAGAAUAAAGACAGGUCAUUCUAUUGUUGACAGAUUUUGAUUCAACGGCUUAUCUAGCAGACAACUAAUAACAUAUUGGGAUGUAAUUGACCAAUCAGUUCAACAACCAGGGUUUAAUACCAUCAACUGAUGACUUGAUAAACUUGAUUGGUGACACUGAUGACAUCUUAGUGACCAACUGAGGCAUGUACUUUACUGUCUCAGAUGAUUCUUGGUUAAGAUGUGCGAUGGAUGGUCAAAAUGACAUUUAAAAUUUUUUCUACACAAGUGGGAAAGACUUAUGAUAAUGUUGAAAUCUGUUUCUCCCUAAAACUCUUUUCUCUGAGUCUGUAUAUUAUGUUGUUUAUCGUGUUUUCUCAAGAGCAGGAAGAUAUUAUUAUUAUUAGCAUGUUGAAUUUCUGAUUAGAAUAAAAAAAGGUGAAGGCGCACAUGAUCCAAAGGCCCACAUGGCCGGAGCUAAUCCUGAUUUCCUUAGCAUGAAGCAUGCCUAGGAGUAUUGCUACACCCCCUGGAUGGGAUGCUAGUCCAUCGCAGGGUUACCCCCCAGCAGUAUGUCACCAGUACCCGUGCAUUUGUACAUGUGAGUGAAGAGAGACAAAGUGGAGUAAAGUACCUUGUAUAAGGAAACAACGCGAUGGACGAGGCUUGAACCCCGGACCUCCACAUCCAGAGUUCGAGGUGUUAACUGCUCAGCCACACACGCCUUUGAUUUAAAUAGAUAACUAAAACUGCUUGUCUUUUAGUCUCCUUUAAGGUGGUGGCCAAAAGCGGAACUGCUUCAUCCCAAAUCACAAGCUCUUAGACAACUUUUCUUGGUAUGUUUACCUUUUCAGCAGUAUAACACCAAUUCACAAUUUAAUAGAUUUUCCUCUUAUUUUUAACUUGUGCAUUUUUUUUUCAAUCAGUAGCUGUGUCACAAAGGUCUUCAAUUGUUUUUUUUCAAUUGUGCAGAGUAUCUGUAGCAGGGUUCAGAAUGCAGAACAGGAGGGACAACAAUCAAGGCUUAGCCAGGUUAGAUGAAUAACACAAAAAGAACAGAAAACUUUUUUUUUUUUCAGAGAUCUCUGUAAAUGAAUAUAAUCAGUUUAGGUGCUGAGUAAUGUUAAAAUCAACCAAAAAACAAGAAACAGGUAAUGUCAUAAUGAAAAUGUCAGAAAUUAGUGAGAAAUCAAGAAAAAUUCUUAUAAAAUGUCUGUUGUUAAAGCAUUAUUAUAGUGUAACUAGUAAAAGUUGACACUACAGCUGCCCCCCCUCCCCCUCUGUAUAUUUUCGGUCAAUAGUAUUCGUGGUCGUUGAAAUAUAUAUGGCAAUUCAUAAUGAAGAUUUUCACAUGUGCUCCAUACAAUAGGUGAGAUAAAAACAUGCAAUGUAAGGUUCCAUGUACUGAUUCAGUUCCAUUUACACAGCUUUGAUCAACACAUUCUCAGGUUUGAGGAUAGUUUAUUCUAAACCAGAAGAAAAGAUUUAAUUAGAGGUUGGAAUCUUUCGCUAUUUCUCUUUCACUUUUUACAUACAGUUCAUUUUAUUUGCUGGAAAGGUUUGAUUAUUCAUGCUUGCGCAUUCUAGUUUUUUUAAACUUUUAAUAGAAGGACAUCUGUGUGCAGGGAAUAAGUCAGCACUGAAUUUUUGGCGAAAAAAUCGUCCGUCUUUCUGCUAGUGACAAGCUAGCCGUUGAUUCACUCAUCUUGCUUGUUUUUGGACUGUGUCUUUUUCCCCUAAAGAGAGAGAAAGAGUGUGUCUGGCACAUUGUUUCCAAUCAAAGAUUUGUGAAUUCGUGUCGAGCAAACUCUCCAAGUGUUUAUACAUACACAAUUAUUAUAUGCACCUUAUAACUUCAUGCUGCAUUUAACAAGUGUCCUUUGGUCCAUAACUUUCAAAACAGCUACUCAACAGAAUGUCACUGAUAACACAUAACACAAAAGAGUAUCGAAGUGGGACUGUACAAUAAAUGUCACAAAAUCUACCUUGGUGGUCCCUUCGGGAUUUUCCAUUUUGCAAACAAUAGAAACAUCAUCAUUACCCAAUGAUUCCAUGCGGCCCCUGUUCAAGCAACUCCCGAUUUUUUCUGGCAUACUGACUGUAUAUUUCAACUGUAAGUACUUUCCUUAAUAUACAGGUGAGCUACCAGAGUGCCUCCUCGGUAAGGCGAAAUCCCUGCAGGGGCAAUAAGAUAAAUUCAUGUUGUUUUCCAGAUCUACAAAGUUAAAGAUAAGAAGCACAAGGAAGAUGAGAUUCAUUCCAGCAAGAAAAAUGACAAAGAGUUAUUGCUGUGGCUGGUGAAGAUAUUCCAUGCUGACCCUGUUUUUGCAUUUCAUGUAAUUGAUCAAUAACUGUUAAGAUUUGGUGCAAUAAAUUAGUGAAGUAUUGUUAACAAAGUUGGAAAAAGCUAUCAAAAUGAAAUGUUCAUGGUGGUUGAUUUAUUGAACUGAAAAUAUUCAUUGCUCUCACCAGGGUAUUGUAUGUGCAAGAAAUGUGGCAUGUUCUGAAUAAACUGCAGAUACCUACAUUUCCAAACACAUAUCAAAUUAAAGCUAAAAAAGGUGGCAACCAUUUUGUAGUAAAGUACUUUGAAAAUUUACCAGAGCAUUUUGGGAAUAAGGCUAAAAUAUUUGGGGUUAUUGUGCAAGAAAUGUCUUUUAGGAGAAAUGUUAUGUGAAAUAAAAAAUUACCCUUUUUUGUGUACAUGUUGUACUAUCUUCCCUGGAACUUUGAAGUUAAUAAUUGAACAAAUUUCCUUUGAGAAAAUAGUUUUUAAAAAUCGAUUGUCAGGUAAAUUCAUUUUUUUGUCAUUACCUCUGGUAAAAAAAAAACAAAAAACAGUUCAUUGAUGGAGGAGAUCCCAUUUCAUUUUAUUUUGACUCUUUGUCUGUGUUAAUAUUACAUUAAAAUUAUUUGUUUUUUUUUCUUCUUCAUAGAAUCCUGAUCUUCAUGGAUGGGAAAUUCAAAAGAACUCAACUCAAUUGAUUAUGGGCAUUGUUAACCUCAUGUUAACUCCAACACUACCAGUUGAAAUCAGACAGGAGGCAGCUGAAGUAAAUUCACCAUAUUUAUAUUCAUUUGUUACAAUUGCUAUAAGAAAAGAAAAUACAGCACUAUCUCAAGUGAAUGGUGCAUCAAUUUAUAAAUUUUAGCCCUACACAUUGACUUUGACCUUUAGAAGGUUUGGUUUGAUUGCUAGAUGUUAUCUUUAAACAUGAGAUUUAGCCUUGGCUUUUGUAAAGUAAGGUGCACUUAUGUUUUGGCUGUUUUAUUUUUUAAAUUAUUUUUUUCAGACCCUUCUAUUCUUCUUUCAAACGGAUUAUAUCGAGAUGUGGAACCCUGUGGCACCCAUUGCCACAUUCUGGGAAAUCAGGUACAAUGUAGUUCUGGCAUGUUAGUCUAGGCAUGAAACAAAAAGCAUUCAACCUGCAAAGUAGGGCAGAAAACGUGCUUUCAAGGCCCAAGAUUGUGGACAAGUGUUUAAGCCCAGCAGCCAGCAAGAUUGUGCCCUCUCUCUGAUAGGACACCAGUACAGGGCUGGAAAGGUUUAGUAAGCAGCACUGCCCCACCCAAAAAGUUAGUUAGACAAAGAUAAUAAUAAAUUCACAAUAUUAGAAAGAACUUCUUUAUGACAUUUUAAGUGGAGCCUUGAAUUUGCAGCAUAUUAGAAGGAGUUAAUAUUCUUGUUUCCCCUCCCUAUCCUUUCCCCCACCAAAAGAGGCCGACCUGGUUGUAGGUUAUGGUCGGUACUUACGCAUGGCCAGGUAGAUAAACACAAAUGUUUCACUAGCAUUUAAUCCAAACUAAAUAAGAUUCGGAUUUUGCUCGAAAAACUUAAAGAGGCUCCUUUUCACAUUUUUAUUUUUAAAGCACUUCAAGACCUUGUAAGAUUUAAAUUUUCUACUAAAACUUCAUUUUGUAUUUUGCUUUGCACUAACAUUUUUCUCAUUCUUGUUUCAUGUCAAGUUCAAACGUCAUGGUGUCAAUUGCUGAGUUUUUAAUAGGUCACAGCAGCCAUGGAGCUGUUCUACUAAGAUAUUUGCGAGAUCUGAAUUUUGGAAAAAAUGAAUUUCUAAGAAAACAUAAGGUACACGUAUGUCUAUUGAGGUUUAUUGUCUAUAAUCAUGUAACUGUAUCCUAUUGUUCUAUGGCCAUUCAACUGAAACCCCUUUUGAGAGUGAAGGUGUACUGUACUUUCACAUGUUAUUCUUUGUUUUUCUUGUUGAAAAAUAUUUUUUUCUCUUUCAUAAUCUGUAUAACUGUCCUUUGGCUCUUGAAACUAUUGGGAGAGGGGAGGGAAGUUAAUAUGUGUUACAAGUAUAGUUUUUUUUGUGCCCAUUAUGUCACUAAAGACCAGCAUUUAACGGUCAUUUUCAUAACAAAGUUUUGUUUUUUGUGUGUGUUGUGUUUACAGGAGCAAGCUUCUAUAGGCUGCCACACACCAAUUUGUACAAUUUCUCAAACUAAACUUGAAGUAUGUGGAAUGCUUGUAAUGUUUAUUGUCGUUUUUUGACUGACUUGUCAAUUUGAGCUUUGAUUUGGUUCGUUGGAGUGGUUUUUGCCUAACUCACUUAAUGUCUCUUCUUUUCUUAAUUACAGGAGGUUUUCCUAACUUUCUUGUGGAGUCCGGACGUGGAAACUGUACUUAUCUCACUCUCUUGUUUUGGUCAAAUGUGCAAUGAAAUAGACCUUGUACAAUGUUCUGAAAACCUUAAUGAGCCUCCAAGUGCUCAAAAUAUUGAAGUGUAUCGCAACCUGUCUGAAGAGGCUACUAAGUUUACAACUGGUGAGUACUACAUGUUUGAUCUCAGGUGCAUACAGAGCCACAGUCAAAUUUCUCGUGAAGGACGCCUUCAAAAUAUGGACACUCUCUAUUACAAUCAAAUUUCUUGGUGACGGAGAGGCCACAUGUCGUAUAAUCCCUUUCCUUUGUGCCUUGUUCUUUUGGCAUUUGUGUUAAUUAUGAGUUAACCAACUGCCUCGCUUAAGUGGAAGGUGGGUGCCUGGGAUACCCAGGGGCUUCCACUGUGGCCAGCCAGCCCCUAGGUAGAAAAACUGCCCCCAUGGCUGGCAAAUCCCCGCAACCCAGCCAUGAGCCCCCGUUCCAAGCCGAAGGGACUCUCCGAGCUGACGCAGCCAGAUUCGAGAGGGAAAGAGGGGCUCAGGGCUGGGGAAAGCCCUGGCCCCGAACUACCCAAGUCCCGAGGCACCCUACAAGGACAACUAGGAAAAGAGAAAGAUAUGCAAGAAAAUACCUGUCAAGUGAGAAGGCUUGCUACCCCCACGAUAGUACUGACGGGAGUGUGAAUAUAGAUCUGAUACGCAUCGCUGGACCAUCUGCCAAGUGUCUUGAUGAGGUGAUCUGGUAAGCCACGAGAGGCUGCUGAAGUAGCAGCGCCAAUGCGGAAGCUAUGACCGGUGUAGCAACCAGUGACCCCAGCAGCGGAGAAGAUAGACUGAAUACUGGAUGUCAGCCAUUGGCGAUGUAGAGGGGUGCCAUCAGAGAGAAGGAAGAGUGGGCCAGGAGUUGAGCCACGGACGUGUAGAUACUGGGUAAGGGCGCGCACAGGGCAGAGAUCACGUUUACCAGCACCAAUGUAAAUAUGGCAACCUUGGCGAAAGGGGUCCGUCUUAGAGCACUUAAUAUGAAUCCUGAAGCUGCUAGGAUUGACUAGGGAAUCUGCUUGGACAUCACUGACAGCAAGGUGGAUGUCAGGAUUGAAGGGAGAGUUGACAGUAAACUCACCAGCACGUAAGAAACCAAAAACCCGAGACAGCAGGCAGCCCAAAGCAUUGUAUGGUUGUAGUCAGAGAAGUUCAAGGACUGGAAGAUAAUGUGCAUCAGCUCGAUUGUGAUGGGUUGGCGCUGACGCUUAUUUGAGCCUUGGUGACGUUUGAUGCCCCCGCAACACCCGCUGUAACGAAGGCAACCAACCAGCGGAGAAGGAUGACCCUCCUCAAUGUGAAGGGACCGAAUUGCUGAAAGGUAAACCUUUAUGGAUGAAUGGUGAAGAGUAUCAGCAAGAUGACAGCAGAAACGGAUGAGCACGUCUUCACUGGCUGGAAGAGCUGAUCCCGAAGGAGAUAGGCUAUUGUCCUGAGCACAGAAAUCCAAGAAGCGGCGUUGGGCAGAAGCAUAGACUUUCCUAGUGGAGGGGCAAGACCCUGAGUCAAAUAGAAGUGGUAUUUAUCUGACAGCGAAGAUCCAAGUCCGAGAGGAGCUGCUGCGGAAUCUGGGUUGGAAUGGAGUCUGCAAGAGGAGCUAGCCCGGCGAAAACGCUGAAACUGAAAGCGAGACAGGGAGUCAGCAAUGGGGUUAGACUUCCCUCUAACUGGGGAGGCAGUGAAAGAGAAGGAGGACGAGCUGCCAACAGGGACAGAUAGCGAACCAAGGACAUGAUGGUAGGGGCUCUUGAAGUGCCAGACCGCAAAAUGUCCCCACCACUGAGCGGUUAUCUGAUGGGAAGUUGACCCGUUUGGAGGCCCACUGGGGACCCCAGAGGUAAGCUGCCACGACGAUAGGGAAAAGUUCCUUGUACUCGAUAGACUGAGAGACCUGUGAUGGGAGCCAUGCACCUGAAAACCAGUGACCCUGGAAGACUGCUCCAUAACCAAGAGCCCCAGAGGCAUCUGAAGAAACCUCGAAGUCAGGAAUUGGAGCCCACUGGGGGUACUGAAGAAAGCUGCAACCAUUCCAAGACUGGAAAAACUCUUGCCACCAGGCUAGGUCAAGAAAGAACUCUUGAUUGAGACGAAUCGGGUGGUCAUCGCGUCGAAAAGGCACAUAGUAGGUUAAUCAUUCGGGCGCAAGAAUGAGCGACCUUGGGGUACGACUUUGCAGGCAUGCUGAAGGUGACCUAUUAGGGACUCCAGAUCCCUGCGUUUACACCAACGCUUUUGUGACCAAUCUUCCAACAAGGCAGUUAUCGUAUCAAAUUUGUCCUGAGGAAGGCGUGCCAGCAGAUUAAGAGAGUCCAGUUCAAUGCCCAGGAUGGUUAGGCACGUCGACGGCCCUUCUAGUUUGUCUGGAUGGAGGGGGAUGCCAAGCUUAGAAAAACAGUCAAUUGACCUGUCCAGAUUAUGUUGACAAACAGAGGAGCCGGGAGGGCCAAGAGUGUGGAAGUCAUCAAGGUAAUGCAUCAGGAAGGUGACAUCGUAGUUUUGCUUGGCCACCCACUCCACUAAGUCUGCUAUACAUGUGAAGAUAUAUGGAGCUGACCUGACACCAAAAGGCAGGACCAUAUCAACAUAAAAGGCACCACGCCAUUUCAUACCCAGCAACUGGCGAUCUUCUGUAUGGACUGGCACAAUACGGUAUGCAUUUUGCACGUCAAAUUUCGCCAUGAGGGAACCCCGCCCCAGCCGCAUUAUGCCUGCAAUAAUGUCAUCUACCUUCAUGUACUGCAGAGAAUAAUCCUCGCCCGCAAUUCCGUCGUUGACACUGUGCCCCACAGGGCUAGACAGGUCCAGGAUAAGACGCCAUUUGCCAGGUUGGUGGCGUUUGGGGAUGACGCCGAAACGACUCACGUGGAGGACAGGGAGGGAGGCUGGGAGAAGGGGCCCGCCACCCUGCCUGACUGAACUUCCGACUGCAAGUAAUUGUCAAUGACCUGAGGGUUCAGGAGUGCUGAAGCCAUAUUCCCUGUUGCCGACUUCAGGGAAGUACUGUAAUUGAAACCUAGGUGAAAACCAUCGCCAAGGCCUUGGACCACAUAUGCAACUUUGUCUGGGUUAGGAUGAUGACAGAGUUCAUGCUGGAAUCUAUCCACAUUGAUGGGAGUAAGCUGAGAAACUGGUCUUAAAGGACAAACAGCUGGAGAACACAACGAAGAACUGGAACUUGGCAGACCCUGCUGCUGAGAAGGUAACACAAAAGGAGAACGCAACUCUAACGCUGAAAAAUUACCAUGAGAACCAACGUGAACAGGAACAAAACUAUUUACAGUUGAAUUGGCUAGAGGUUGCCUAGCGACGGCGGAGACCCCCUUUGACUGAGAAGGGAGCGGGACCGCUCUCCAGCGGACCGGUGAGGGCAGUGGAUGCGGGGUGGUCCCGUGGCACGAUUCACAGGAGUGACGAAAAACCGACAGCGACCAAAGGGCCAGCGACAGCGCCCGUCGCUCCAGGAGUGGGCAAUACUGGCUAGACCGGGAUUGCCUGAAGACCCAAGAGGCUCUGAUAAGGCAGAGGAAGUUGAGGAGCCUGAAGCAGUUGAGGUGGUCACUGGAGAUCUGGUGUGAAAGUUGUAGAGGUCUGGGUGCAUGCGAGACCAGUCGGUUGAACCUGAGGCUGCGGCUUCUUUUCGGAAGGCGAUGUCGUAGUGGAGCCACGAUUUGUCAGAAAAGCGCCUUGCUGUCUGGAUGAUGAGUAACUUGUACUGAUUUAAAUCUUUCCAGUGAGAGGGGAAGGUGUGGCAAAGAAUCAAAGAAAGAUUGUGAAGGCUUCAAUCCAGGUGAUGAUGUCUGCUAUUUCAAUGACCCGUUUCUUCGACCCUGAUACCACCAGUUUUCCCUCCAAAAACGCUUGGGGUUCGAUUUCUUGAGCUCUGAUGUUGUCCGGAAGGAGGUCAGCCAAGUCUACAAAAAGCCCUGCGGUAAUUUUAGAAACAAGCUUAAAGGGGACUGGAGCAUAGCCAGGGCCCACCACAAAUGCUUUGUUGAGGUUUGGAAGCGUAGAGGACUCGGUUCCGGUCGCGCCACCACAAGAGCCCCCAACCACUACAGGCAAGUUGGCGGAGGACGUGGCGGGAAGAGAGGAGACUACCGAAGGACCGCCAGAUGAGCUGUACGUUGAAAUAAAUGAGGGCAUAACAAGCGUACCUGAAGACUGGGAGGUAGAGCCAGGGGUACUGGAGCUAGAGGAUGCCGGAGACUGCGUAGAAGUCGAAGUCGAGGAGAGAGGAACAGACGCCGCGGCCGUGUUCGAGUUCCCGCCACUGGAAUCUCGAAGGGAAGAUAGCAACGGAGGGAGCGAUUCCGCGAGAGCUCUUGAAAAUGCCUGGGCUAGCGCGUUGGUGUCCGGCAGGGAAACAGGUUGACUUGGCGGAGAAGCCGAGGUGUUCACUGUAGGAGCUGGGGUAGAACCGCUAGAAGAAGGCGAAGACGCGGUAACCGGGGAAGACAUCGUUGACAAGCUGUUGUUCGUGGUACGCAUCCUGAACGAACGUGACGACCCGCACGCUUUGAAAAAUAAAUGAAAGAAAAAAGGAUACAAGAAAAAGCACACUGUAAGACUGACGCUCCAAAGAUCGCUAAAAAAGGCGAAAGACGCUAAAUGAACCGCUCCACAGACCACUGCACAAACGCUUGAUGAACAACUCGCAGAUCCUAGCCAUGUACAAAGCUACCACACACCAUGUGAGCCUGCACUUAUGGGAUUGACCGCUGGAUGCCCGCUACGCUCGUGGGCCGCUUGUCCGCUAAGCUUGUAGACCGCUAAGCUUGUGGACCGCUAGACCGCUUAACUUGUGGCCGCUCAACUGCUAAGCUUGUGAACCGCUUGACCGCUAUGCUUGUGAAUUGCUUGACCGCUACGCUUGUGAACCGCUUGACCGCUAAGCUCGUGGUGGUUAACUUAGUUAAAUUACAUUUAACCAAAUGUACAUGUAAUUCCUGCAAAAUGCUGCAGUACCAAUGUCUAAAUAGCAUUGCUGUACAGUGUAAGGAAGGCAAGAGAGAUGAAUCUCUGUCAUAAUCAUCAUCAUCAUCGGCAUCUUGUGUCACUUGCCUAUAGAUUGACAAGGAGGACAAAUUAAUUACAAAGCUGUUCAGUAGCAGCUUGUCAACAGUAGUAGUCUACAUAUAGCCUGCGCCACAGACGAAACAAAACUCCAGUUAAGUCCGUUUGCAAAACAGCGCCGAAAUUAUUGUUCUGGGGCCCCACCUCUACUAGGAUUUGAGUACGCGCCAUGAUUGGUCUGUUAAAAGGCCAUUGUUGAUUUGCCAAUCAGUGUGAAAAGAAAUUCGAAACACCCCUCUGGUAAUUCGUUGAGUCCGUUGGGGACACAGAACAAGGAUCUGGGCACUGCCUCGCAGACCUCACUAACCAAGGUUAAAUUACCACAGGGACACAGGCUAUCUACAUAAUUACUGUUCUGCUUUUUGGAAGUUUUGCGUAAAAACAUGUCGCAAUCAGCGAUUGCCAAUUUUUGGGUUGGCCAAUGUGGCUAAUGAGGCUUAGCUCAUUCUUUGUGAAAUGCUAGUCUUUAGCAGUAGUCCGCAUAGAGUGUUAUGUAGUGUAUUGCUGUAAACUUUCCAGAAGUGUUAUUUUGAUUCAUUGCUCGGGUAUGGCCCUCUGAAGAAAAAAGGUACCGUACCAGACUUAAUUGCACAUAAAGAAGAUGGAGAUAAUGUACUAUUUUAAUUUACUGCAAGGAAGAAAAAUUUGAGGGAUCUUUUUGCCAUACUUAUCAAACUGCCUUUUCCUUUCAGGGAGAGCUGCUCUUCAGAAGCGUAUUAUGGCUUUGCUCAGACAACUUGACAGACAAACAGCUGGCAACGUGCAGGUAUAUGUCAGUAUUUUCCACAUAUUUUACUUGUAUUAUAAUUGUUUUCACUUCAUAUGAAUCCUUCCACUAGCAGACCAAGUUAUGGUGUUAAAUUUGCGGACAAAAUCCUGUUGUGUAACCUGUCAAACAAACAGUCUAGAGAUGUCGGUAUUUACAGCUACCAGCCAUUGUACUGAUAGUAUUGCUUACCAGUUUUCAUACCGAAAAAUAACCCUGAAGAGGAAGCAGAACAGGAGUAGAGUAAAUGGUUGUUUCCACGGGUUUCUCAGUUAUCUCCACAUAAAAAGUCUUAAAAUCAGCAUUUUGGUUCGGCUUGGUCAAAUUUAGACUCUCUUAACUAAGCGUUAUUCUCUUACAAUGUUAUUUAAAAUCUUUUAGAGCUCAUAACAUUAACUUUGUUUAAAACAGUUCACUAUGACCUGUGCUUCUCUCUAAUAGGCCUGGGAAAGUACCUACUCGAAAUGGCAAAGGUUGACCUAUGAUCUUGUAAAUUUUGGUAAGGAGGAGUCUUCUGCCAUGGAUGUACAAAAAUAUUUAAGAAGGAAAGGAGUAUCAAAACUCACCAAUGACAAUUUGCAGGUAGGAGUGUACUAGCUCUGAGCUUGACACCUACUCACUGUUAUAUAAUGUGGAAACACAAUGUGGGAAGUUACCUUAAAUGCUCGAAUUAGCACCCAAGUGGGCUUAUGUAGUCAAAGGGUAUCGCUAAUUUGAAGGGGGGCCUAUUUAGCUUUUCAAAUUUUGGCCUCAAAAUUACAUUGUCUUUAUUUUCAGUAAGUGCAGACAGUAAUUACUAAGUAUCUAACUCAUCUUUGAGAAGAAAGUCAAAUCCCUGUAUGGUCGCUCUCAAAGUUCUGUUUUUAUUUUAAGGUUUCCUAAGUUAUGGUGUGCUUGCAUUCCUCUUCUACUUUAUAUUCAGCGAUUUGUUUUCUUGGGAAGGUUUAGGGUUACUUAUGUCAGUGGAAUGCUUAAUUGAUAAUUUUAGCCUCAAGGAGUCAAGGUGGUACCCCUCUAUUUGAAGGAGGGCACUAAUUCAUGGAUUUGCGGUAAUUAAUCCACUGGCCAGUAAGAAAAUUGUGGCCAGGACCUCUCAACCAUUGCUGUUUUAGGAAUAUAAUUUCAGACCAUGGAAACAAUAUUUUUUUGUUCUGUAGAUUUUCUUGUUCAGGGAUAUCCACCUGAAAGUUUUUCUUUUGUAGAAUUUUUUACUGUAGAUAUGUACAAUCUUGCUGAUCCAUUGUAAGGCAACCUGACAGUGAAAUGACCUUAUUAACUUUCUUCCCUUUUGAAAUUAUGUGUAGGCGUUAUUAACUGAGUGGACGUGCAUGACUGGGUUCUUGUGUUCACUGGGGGGUGUGUGUUUGACCCCUUUACAAGCUAUGAGGUAACGGUUUCUAUCUAUAAAAGAAAUUGUACUUUGUGUGCUUUUGAACUCAAACCAGAAAGCCCAGGUAUCAACCAACUUAUAAACAACAGGUGUUUAAAAUUCGUUUAUUUAUUUUUGCUGGUUAUUUUGUUUUUCUCUCUGUCGUCUUCAGAAGAUACAGCAGAAGUCUUCCCUCAUCUGUACACGCUGUCAAUCAUUCACGAAAAACAGAAAGUGAUACUGUGACAAAGUAAGUUACCCUUGCCGUUUGUUUACAAAUUUGCGUGGCUGCUGUUUGUGUGGCACGUGAGGCCAAAUACUGCUCAUUUUCCCCAUUUUAAUUUCUAUUUAAGGUUUAUGCAGGACUUGCUGAGUCUUCUGGUUUGCGCCAAUGAAAAGACUGGUUUACAGGUUAGCAUCAGUAUGAGAAGUAACCUGGUGUAUUGGCAAAUUUGAGGCUGUGCAUGUGACAGGAUCAGUGUUGUGUGAAAUGACCAUAGGACUGUUUUGGGGAUUCAAUUGCUUUUUUUAUUGGUUAUUAUUAGUAAAUAACGAUUUAGAGGUAUUACAUCCAUGAAUGGUUCUUCGUCUACCAUUCCUGGUAGAAUUGGAAAUUGGUAAUGUUGGUUUAUGAAGUAGAGGGGAAUACAGGACUGCCGGGAGAAAAACCUCUUGAGGCAAAGGAGAGAGCCAACAACAAACUCAACCCACAUAUGACGUCAAUGCGGGGAUUUAGACCCGUGCCACAUUCGUGGCAGCGGACUGCUCUCACCACUUCGCCAUCCGUUGAACCUUGCAAAUCAACACUGACCCAGUCUCAGGCGUGACCUCAAAAUGGUCAAUUUCAGUGGCUGUUAUUGAGGUAAAGUAGGGGGCCUUUAGGUCGUAAAUCAUGACUUUGACAGCUCUGCCUGGGUUGCCAAAAACUAUGUCCAAUGGCCGUGCAGUUCUGUUACGUAUUGGACUAUGACAUGUUUCUGUGUAAGGUAGUAAGGACGUGCAAAAUAUGGUGGCAUGCUACACUGUCUUCGCUUAAAUGUUCUGGUCUCAAGCUACAUGCUGAAAGCCAUAAUGAUACGUUACCUCUUUUUCGUUAGUUUAACCCUUUAAAUCAUUAUAUCAGUGCGUGUUAUUUUCAACACUGUUCUCCAUACAUUUCCCUUAUGCUGAGAAGAAUUGGUUUGACAAUUAAGGACCUUCUAACUUGCUGAACGCUACAGGCCGUUAUUUUGUAUUAGUAGUGAUAUUUCAGAUGAAAGAGGAAUUCGGUGCCUGUAACCCUUACGGGUUAAAGGGUUAGCAAAAUUAAUAAUAGUUUCAGACAUGCUGUUCAAUGUUCACUUUCUUACCGUUCUGUUCUUCUGUCAGAUACGCAGCACAGUAAAUGAGGUGGUUGGUGUUGAACUAAGUCAGAAACUGUACCCCAUAUUAUUGACGCAGAUUAUGCGAGUUGUUAAUAGCUUCUUUACAACCUCUGGUCAGGUAAAUAAGUAAGGUACCUUGUUAUAGUAAAUUAACGGUUCAUGAACUUUAGUUUACUUUAAGUCGCUCUAAUUUUUGUUUAUGUUAAUUUCUGUGCCUUUAUUUGAGUGGAGCGUCAAUUUCCGCGACCUUAAUUUCAAUUGCUGUAGCUCCAAAUUCUUGACACACUUCCGACAUUCUUGACACCUAAGAAAGAGGAGUAUUAAAUCAGGGUGGAGAUCCGCUAGUAACAGGGAAACUGGAGAACCGUCGAAGUAGCGAGAUCUUUUACCCUUGACCCCCUUCGCUCGUUUUAGGAAAGAACCACGAACUUAACUUUGUUCCUGUUGUCUCAACACGUUUUGCUUCUUUGAAAACGUCGCGUUAAUUUCCUUCAUUUUGAAAUGUUACUCUCUCUUUUGCGUUAAUUUCCUUUAUUCGAAAUUCGUUUUCCACUAAAUUGGCGUUAAUUUAAGUCGCGUUUAUUUCCAGUAACUUAAUUUCAUGGAGUAUUGAUUUCCUGUGAUGAUGUAGGUAGCUGAAUAUGAGUAAGGGUUUGUUAGGACGCGUAGUCUUGGAUAGAGAGUAAUGCCUAUAAUUUCCUAAGAGUUAAGAGUUACAUUGUGAAAGAUUUCGUUCCUGGAUGAAGACAAGCUUCUUGCAAAUUUAGUAUUCAUUUUGUUUUCUAUUUGUGGAGGCUAUGGAGGUUUUAUAGACUAGCCAGGUAAAACCAGCCUUUGUUGAUGUGGGGUCGUGCGGGUGCGUGUUUUGCAUUUUCUGUUAGCUAGUGGAGGUAUGGGAUUAUUGAACCAGCACAGUCUGUAUGACAUUAGUGAUUGACAUGUCUGCAGUGAUGUGAUUCCUUUUGGCGGCUUUAACACAGGCUGUAGAGUUCUCCUUAUAUUAGGGAUCUGCGUUGUCCUUCUUAGUUUGUCAGACAGUGGGGACUCUUUAACUUCGUUGGUGUUAUCCUGAUCAAUGUUUCCCGUUUCUUAUUCAGGUCAUAGUUCAAGAAAAACACACUCUUUUUACAGAACAGGUAUGUCCCCUUAUCUUUACAACCACAACAAACCAAGAGGGAUGCUGUUGACAAUCUUUUGAGGGGAAGUGCUGCCCUCGACCCUAUUUCAGACUCAAAAUGAUCAUUUUCGAUAUCCUUUUUCAGACAUCCUCCCCUCCCUGCCUGCCAAAAAAAAUCUGUACCUGUUUGUGACUUCACCUUUCUCUUACCUGAAAUUCAUGUGUUGGUAAUAACAGCUUUUCAAAAGGUGGGUUCCUUAAAGGGCACUCAAACCAACUUCUGACGCUAUGUUUUCGGGUUGGCAAAUACCUAAAAUAGUUAUACUUGUAUAGGGUAUGCCACUUAACAACCUCAGGUAUUGGUUUUAGCUUGUAAUUUUUCCUCUGUGGGGCACAUUUACUUACAAUUAAAACUGUUAUUGGUUGUUUGUGUCGUAGCACUGCUUCUAGUAAACUUGAUGGUCACUCUGUAAACCCAACCAUUUGCCUUAUUGAAUGGCAUAUAUAUUUCUGUGAGUACUACUUUAAACAGACAUUUCAUCUGAACUGUCCUCUGCUCUGAUCAAGUGCGGUUGGUAAACUUGUGACCUUGAUACGUGGUUUAGACAGCGAUUAUAAAUAUGGAGUCCUGUCAGGAUUAUGCCCCAACCUUUACCAUUUGGCUUUUGUAACACUCCUAUUACAUUCCAACGACGUGUCUUCGCCGAUCAUUGGUUUCUUUUUUUUCAUGUCUAGAUAAUUGUGAUCAUUAAGCACAUUUUGGAAAAUAAACUUGGAUUGAAGGAUGGUUUUCAGAUGAGUGGCAUUGAUGCUAUGAUUUUAUCGUUUGUCAGGUUAGUUAGUUUGUUAAAUAGUUCAUAAGGCAAUCUAUGACUAGUCUUGUUAAACAUCGUAAAACUUAUCAAGGCUUUUUAAAACUUUGCGACUUUUGAGACCAAAGAUUAUUUACAGAGCAUUUCUUAUACUUAACUUCUCCCAUUCAUUGAGGAAUUUGGGGCUGGUGCCACUACAGGAUGCAAACAUUUGCUCCACAAAGGAAAGUCUCCACUGCAACUCUGCUACUUGGAGGACUUCGCAACAUGAAAGGGACUUUACUUUUAUGUGGUCAUCAUGGUCAGGUUAUUGUUGUAAUGACCAUUUACUACAAAACGGAAAAUUAUCCGUUGCAACUCUGCAACUCUGAGGAUUUCGUAAAAUUCGAGGGACUUAGCUUUAUUGUAGUCAUCAUAGUCACGUUAUUAAUGUUCAGAUUAUUAGGCCUGAGUAGAACGUGAUGGAUUAUAUUCGACUCUUCUCUGCAUAGGUAUGCAAGAAAUCUUCCUGUAAGCCAACAGUGUCUCCAGAUCAAAUGUAAACUUUGUCAGCUUAUUGAUGUGGUGAGUCUUUGAAAUACAAGCAGCACGUUGUAGAUAUAUUCUACAAUUGUAAGGCGAUGUGCGCUCCUGUUGGGAUGAUUGUAAUCUAACUAGUGCUUACUACAGUGUUAGCUCUAAUCGGAAAACUAGACUAUGUUGACGUGCAGAGAGGUGAGUUAUGUGUUGGUUUGAUUUGUCGCUCACUAAGGUUGGUUUCACUUUAUAAGUCAGAUAUUUAUAUUAUAGAAGUAAGUAUAUAUUCUGAAAGUUUCCUAACCUCAAAUUUGCAGUUCAUUGUCUUCAAGACGGACAUCAGAAGGCUUUUCCUCGAGAAGUGUCCGCCUCGUAGAGAUUUAAACAAAUAGACUUAUAUGACCGUUUAUGACCAAAUCUAAGCGUGCAGUUGGGCAAAGGUUGCGUUUUAUGGAGGUGAUCAUUACGAGAGAGUUGACUCUAUAGAAGGUUAUGAAAAGGCUGUAGUAAAAAGUCUCCUGUUUGUUUUGGUAUCCUUGGAAAUAGGUGAUGGCAAGGAGAGACGAGCUUCUCCUUCAUCAAGAAGUGAAGCUUAGGAAUAAACUAGUGGAAUACCUCACAGACUGGGUGCUUCCUUCAGCUGAACAUCAUCAGAGUAUACCAGCAGAGCUUUCAGUUUUAUCCAAGUAAGUUAGCAUGCCUUUUUCUGGAUGCCUACGGCUGGGUUAGUUGCCGCUGCUAAAAAUUCACUUGAUGUCUUCAGAAAUCCCCUCAUGUUAGCAAAGCCCUUUGUAAACAUGGAUGUGCAUGUAAUCCCUUGAGACCCAUGCAUAAUGCCGUGUGAAGCAAUCGGCAACAAACGUAAUUGAAGCAAUUUGUCCCAAAGAGUCUCUCUGACGUUUUGCCAACUUAAAAAGGGGAAAAUAAAGCUUUCCCUCCCCACCCCUUUCUUGUAAUUUUGUCACUGAUUGCAGCGUGCACGCACUCGGCUAAUAACGUGCAUUUUGGUUUUGAUGUGUAGAGAACUUGAUGCAACUGUGAUGCGUGCAAUAGCUUCAUUGCUUUCUGGGUUACCUCUACAACCUGAAGGAAUGGAGACGGAUCUUGACCUUGCAGAGGCCAAGUCACAGCUCUUUCUCAAGUUAGUGAAGUCGGUUAAAAUUUGUUUUUUGUGCAUUAUCAAAGAUUUGCUAACAUUAAACCUUCGGUGACGACCAGCGAGAAGCGAAAAAAUCGCAUUGUCACUAAUUCCUCUUUUUUUGGACUGUUUUUUGUCCAAUUAGCAUAAGAAUAGCCAAAAAUGAGUUUUGCAACAAAAAGGGCAUAUUUUCCGACAAAUCAGAUGAAAUUAAACAGCUGUUUUGUUUUUCGCGCAUGGGAAUCUAUUUCGGUCUUUCUCUUUCGUUUUCUAUUUUCCUUUGCAUGUCUUCUUUUAUGCAGUUUUGCUGCGCACUUUAUCUUCCUUCUUUUGUGUGGAAUUGUGGCAGGCUAACUUUUUAGGAAAAGGACAAAUUUAAUCUUCAAAGAACAGUGAAAACAGCGAAAUUGGCAGUGGAUUUUUCUCUUAAAUGUUCCUUUUCUUGUGAGUGUAACUCAUCGGUGGAACGAUCUAAUCCAUAUCGAGCGAAAACGACCGAAGUCGUCGUCAAAGGGUUAAAUGCAGUCGAAUUGACCCAGAGAAAGGAGGAGUAAAAGACUCUAUAGGUCUUACGGACAUGUGGUUGCUUUUUCGUAACUCGUGAAAUCGCAACUUUGUUACCUAAUAUAAAUUUGUUAAACUAAUUUAAAACUAAGCAAAAUAAACAACUGCAUUGCUGGGGCAAUGCUAGAAACUACCCUAACCCCCCAAAAGGCAGGUCAAUGUUUCGUAUCACCAUAAUGUCAAUAUUCUGUACUCCAUUGAGGUACAUAUUAGACCAGCGCACCUAAAUGAUGGAGGAGAAUCUCUUAUAAGUUGAGCAAUUUGUAACAAUACUUUUGUUAUGUAUUCCAAAUUAGGUACUUCACUCUAUUUAUGAACUUAAUGAAUAGAGAGAAAGGUACAGUACGGGCAAAGGAAAAUGUUCAUUAUGUGGCAUCACAAACGUUACAUCAAAACACAGUGCUGGCCAUGUCAAAUCUGCUGAAUGCCAAUAUCGAUACUGGACUCAUGUACGCAAUAGGUAAGACCACAGAAAGGAGGGAUAUUUGUUUUUCUCAAAAGUUUACAAACGUUGUUUUGUGGGAUUGAACGAAAUUACCUUAGUGCUUUGGUUCUUUCACAGGGCUUGGCUACCAUGAUGAUCUUCAGACCCGAACUGUCUUCAUGGAGGUCCUCACGAAAAUCCUACAACAGGUGGGAAGUUCAUCUGUAACCUGGCAAAGGCUAUAACGAAAGAUGCUUUUAGUUACUUACAAGGGGUUUAUUCCGAACCUUAUGUAUUCUAUCGCGGAAGACCUUAAAAAUCAGUACUUCAAUGAAGUCUGCAACAUGACCCUUUUGCAAUGCAGUAAAACCGCACGACUAAGAACCUGGAUUUUAAAAACCUGUUAAGCUGAAAUUUGAAACAGGUUCUUGUUUUCUAAAAUCUAUGAAAAAAUUCUGUACACUUGGGCAAAUAGGAUAAUUCAGAAUUCUUCUUUGGAGACAUAUAGGUGCCUUAUCGCUCCAACUGCAAUGUAAAUGCCAAUGUUUAAACCAAGUAACAUUGUUACUGAUACAAUUACAAAUUAAAUAAGUUUUUCUUUUUCUAAUUUGGUUUGUAGAUUUCAUAUGAGGAAUAAGCUAAACCACUAAUACUCUUAGCUAUGAUUGUUGGUUUUUUUUUUCUUCAGGAAAAAAAACAUAUUUAAGAACCCAAAUGGCCUAAACUUGUGCUAACUACCAUUUAUAUAAGAACCUGUUUAGGCUAACUUGGAAAAUCCAGGCUCUUAGUCGGGUUUUACUUUUUGUCCCAGACAUAUUUUGGACCAGGAGAACAGUCAACCUCUUUCGUGAAGUUUUUGGUUUUACUCCGAACGAUAAAACCUUUUGUGACCCAGAACUGACUAUAAAAUCAAUUAUUACGAUUUCCUGGACUAGCAAUGAAUGGAUUCCGAUUCAAGGUUGCCUUUAACUUGCGUAGAAGACAGAUUUCACUGAGAAUGUUUCUCAGACAAAAUAGGGGACUGCGGCCUCCUUGGUCUGCCAUAGAAUCCGCCCGUAGUGUGAUUUCAAGGCGUAGAGUGAAACUCAAGUCGGCCGGCAGUUGGACCUUCCUAACUAUGCAAUAAUUCUCUCUUAGGGUACUGAAUUUGAUAAUUUGGCAGAUACAGUGUUGAUGGACAGGUUUGAUAGACUGGUAGAUUUGCUGACUCUGACAGGAGAGGGAGGCAAACUUCCUAUUGCUUUGGCUAUGGCCAGUGUAACUCCUGCUCAACAAAUGGUAAGUUGAUGGCGGAGACCAAUUUAUGACAGAUGAUUUGUCACUCUAACUGUUACAUCCUUGGAAGACGUGGUAUGGUGUUGCCAUUCAAAUGAAACCUCUUUGGCCGAACGUUUUCGUUGUACUAUUUAUUUCCUAGGAUUACUGUAAAUCCUCUAGUAAGCCCCCCGUCUCUUAUAACUCCCCCCUCUUUUCAAGAGAAGAAAGUUAAUAAGCCCCCCUCUCUUUUAAGCCCGUCCUCCCCUAAUUAUUCUUCACUAAUAAAUGAUAGACUGUAUUAAUCAAUUAUGACUGUAAAACUUCGUGUGGACUGAUCCGGGGUAGUUUAUUCACAAACUAACUUCUUGUACUUGAGCUUUUCCACUUUGUGUUCUAGUUAUUCGUGGAGAACUGAGACCAUCGUUUCUUCUAAAUUAAAUAAGCCCCCCGUCUCUAUUAAGCCACCGCUCAAAUGGGUUUGAAAUGCCGUUUGAAAUAAAUAAGCCCCACCCCUACCCGGGAGCUUAAUAGAGGAUUUACAGUAUACAAAACGAUCCUUUUAAUUUUUCUGAUUUUUUUGAUGGGCUACCGAUUCUCCAAAUACUCGUAUUCAAUGAAGCCUAACAGGACUUUCGUCCACGUUUAUUUCUUUGAUCGUUUCAGGAUGAAUUAGCUCAUGUUCUAGUAACUCUGUUUGAUGACAGACACAUACUUCCACAGUUGUUAAAGAAUCUGUUUGCAGUAGAGGUGUGUUGAACAUGUUAUUUUUAUAAAGUCUACUGAAAUGUGCAGUUUGAAGCUAGAUUGAAGCUUUUUUUACAUUUUUUGUCACAGUAUUAACACCAUGCAGGAAGCGUCGUACCUCUAACAUUUGUGGUGGAUUUCUGUUCAACAUGUAGUGAUACACGUCGACGAUCUAAAAGCGUGGCCUUUUUUCCUUGUUGCAAAAUGUAGUCCUUUCCAGUCCACAUCACUGGCGUCAAUGGUGUAAUCUUCCAUGAUAGUGUCAAAAUGGCUGCCGUUGAGUUUUAUCCUCCAUUGUACCCAUGUCAUGGGAAAGAGUCGUGAUAAUUUUUGCCCUUUUUUAUGUCUUCAACUUGAACUUGAGAAUGCUGACGUUUGACGAUUCAUUUCAGAAGUGUUUUCCCAUGUUGCUACUUAUCUUUGUUUUUUAGUGACAUUCAAAUGUAAUUUUUUCCAAUGAAAAAAAUUAUUUUUUUUAAACUGAAAUCUUUAUUACAGGCUAAAAUUGGAUUGGGUAUUACUUUUUUGAGAAAAGGAGAUAAGUGAAUAAAAAAAUGGAUCGUGUACUUUUCUUAACUGUUUCAGGUGUACAGUGCUGAAGGAAUGCAGACGUUAUUUCGAGGCAACAGCUUAGCAAGUAAAACCAUAACCUACUGCUUUAAGGCCUUUGGCGGUAAUUACUUACACACUCUGUUAGGACCUCUCAUCGCUCCAAUGUUCGAAGAACAAGUCUCCUUUGAAGUUGACCCAACAAGGUUAGUAGUAUACAAGAGGUAAUCUUUCUGAUGCGGUAAUCACCUGGGUGUUUAAGAGGCUGGGCUUGCUUAGAUUGGCUUUGCUUGCUCCCUUUCAGUUUGGAGGCUUGUCCAUGGUAGGUUUAUUCCCGCGCAUUUUCUACUUUUUUCCUGGGAAUUUACCGGUAUUCUUGAAAAUAGUAGUUUAGUAGGAACCGAAUGAACUCGCCUUUUGCAGAGGAAUCUCUCAGUAUCUAAAUCUAAAUCUAACGAAUUAAUUCUUUCACUCAAAACUGAGUAUUGUAUGAAACGGGCUUACGUUGAAUUCCUGCUGCAGUCGGGUAGUUCUACAACUGAGCAAAGUAGUGCAUCUCACUUUUGGUAGUUCUCGGAAGACGAGAAGAUUUGUAAAAAUGCGAAAAGAUGGGUGGGUUCUUUUACAAAAAGGGAGUUGAUUUGUUACCUUCCACACCACCUCUAAUCUUGAUACUGUUAACCUUGUUGGCGAUAUAGAAACACCAGUGAAUUAAAACAAAGUCAUCCAGAAACCAGGCAAGAAACACAUCGGGUGUUUGAUACGCUAUAAACUGGGGUCUGUUAAAACGUUUUCCUUGUUUUCUUCUUUGUUAAACAGGCUUGAAAAAGGUCAAAAUGUGGAAGAAAACAGAAAUAACUUGAUCAAAGCAGCACAGAAAUUCCUCAACGAGAUUGUUAUUUCAGUGGAAAGGUAGCUUCCUUGUACCACCUGAGUUCGUUCGUAUUAUUUAAUUGUGCUCUUUUAUAGUUUGUGUUAGAUUUGUUAAGGUUCUGCUUAACUUAAAAAUAGCUGUCAGUUUUGAACAUCUUUCUGGUUUAAAGUCAUAAUCAAGCGGCUCGUCCGACGUCGAGAACAACGAGCACUGUAUUUCCUGAAUCAAUUUGCAACCGAUAGUUAAAAUACAGACGAAAAGUUUAGAGAAGUGACAGGUAACUACAUGUAGUUUAAUAUCGAAUGGUCACACCAUAGGAUGGUAAGCGUCUCUUGGUACAGAAAGAUUGAAUACCACUUGACUGUACCUUUAGCAUAACCCCCAUAGCUAGGGGCUGUAAUGUACCCUAAUACUUGUGCCAUAGUAAGGCUAAAGGAUCAGCCAAAUUACGGUAGCUCACUCUCUUACUUAGCAGGUCUUUCAUUUUUGUCGAACAAUGGCUCACCCUCUUUUGAAGGGUUUGCAGUGAUGCUUUUUUGUUUUAUUUGGAUUUUUCAGCUUCCCAGUUCAAUUACGGAGUCUAUGCAAAUGUUUGAAGGAGGUAUGCUAAUGGCCCUUGAGGCUUUUUCCCUGAAGGCUCAGUUUUGGACAUUCCCCAGAAGCGUUUGUCUUUUCACUAAAAUUUCCCUUUUUAUGAAAAGAACAUUUUCCUUUUGACCUAUCAGUUAUAAUGCUAGAAUUCAAAGAAAACGACGAGGAGGUGUACCCGUCUUUUUAAGAUACCGACAUCGAGAUGCCUGGAUAUUUGCAUGUUAAUUUGAUAUAGCUUCUCAAAUGAUGAAGUUAUCUUAAUGAGAUUUGAGAGAAAAGCUCUCUUAGUUUUAAUGAGGAUCCCAUCUGCAAAACCCUUUAACCCUUGCUAAAUUAUGUUCGAGGAGCGCUCGUCAAGCUAAAAUCUUAAGAUUGUUAUUUAGUUCCCUUACCCAAAGCUAUUCACCCACAAGACUAAUGUUUGGUGCUUUAGGUUGUUCACCAACGAUUCCCAAAGCACAGUUUAGAGGCAGUAGGCAGCGCAUUCUUUCUGAGGUUCAUCAAUCCGGCCAUAAGUAAGUGUAUAGUUGCGACUAAUUAUUUUUUGUGUUAAACGUUUUAUCAUCAUCCCCUCCCUCGCUGAGUACUAGACAUGUCUUGAAAGCGGUAAUAAUAGAGAGCUUUUAAAGACGAGGACGACAGCGAGAACGAGAUUUUCUCAAUACUAAGUAGUGCGCGCGCGCAAACCAACGUCAUUAUCCUUGAAAUAAGUUAUUUUAUGUUGUUAGUCGGCCUUCACAUUAUCCACUUUGCUUCAUGUUGUUUAACAGUUCUGACGAUUUUGUAUUUGAUCGACAAUAUCAUUUUCUCCUACAGCUUCACCUCAUGUCACAGGUAUUAUUGAUCAGAUUCCCUCGGAGGAGCUCAGGAGAGGACUAAUGCUGCUCUCCAAGGUAGCGUCCGCGCGAGUUGUUUCCAUUCAGUGAUUAGCAGUAGAGAGUUUAAGCUUCACGUAUACGGCAAACGUCAGAUGCAAGUUGAAAAUUUCUCAAAAUAGAAAAUGAGCACAUGAAAACAGCUCAAAACAAUUCUUAUGGGCAAAAAAUUGCGUGAACUACUAUGUAGGUCUAGAAAUAAUGCACAGUAAACGACAAGUAGAGGAAUCUUUCCUAACACUGUUACAACCACACUGGCUAUGAGGGUGCCUUUUUUGUUUAUUAAACCUUGAAACGUUUCUUUGCUUUCCUAAACGUUAAAGGUCAACUUUUCUUAUUAUGAUUAACUUAAGUAUUAACCGACUGCCAUUUUAUGCUAACUUUUAUGACCCCCUGUUCCACUUCAGUGACCACAGAACAAUGGAAAGGUGCAUUGAAUCGGAUAAUACCCUCGCUCCUCGGCCAUCUUAAAAAUAAGGCCCCAGAGAAAAGGCAUCAUCAUACUAUAUGUAUAAAAACCAAUCAUGUAUUUUGCUUUCAGAUUCUCCAAAACUUGGCAAAUCACGUCCUUUUCUCCAAAGAAAAACACAUGGAAGCAUUCAAUGGUUUUCUACAAGCGAACUUUGAAAAGGCGAGAGAGUAAGAAAGCUAUUGACUAUCACUUGCACUUACUUUUGGGGUCAUCCCCGGUGUAAUAUAAUUUUUAUUGGUUUUCUUUGUUUUAUGGACUACUGUCAUGGUUAGAUUCAUUGUUAAGGAUGUUUUGUUUUCUUUGUUUUAUGUCAGCUGUGAGUAAUAAAUUAUUUUACACUGGAGCUGAGCCUCCUUUUGACAUGUCUAGCGGGUUCAAACCGUUUAUCAUGAAACGUUAUUUAGGACAAUAAUUUGCUCCUUGUAACCUACAACGUUUUCCUUUUUGUGAAAGGUUUGAACCCAAGAGUCACUUCAAAACUAGGUUGAGUUUGAUCGUCCGGGUGAACGAAGUCCUGAAUAGGACUGUUGUUGUUGACAGUGACUGACGUUUCGACAACCUGUGCGGUAGUCAUCUUCUGAGUCAAAGUGGGUUGUAUCACGUCAGUUGAUGGUAUUAUACUCUGGUUAUUGAUCUAAUUGGUCAAUUACGUCGUGAUGUUAUUGGUCGUCUGUCAGUUAAGCCGUGAUGUUAUUGGCUAUGAAGACUCGUAAUCAGUAAUUGGUGCGUUUCGAUCCGUCUAUUGUCAUAGUUAAACAGAAUGUUUAGCAACUAGAGAUGUUAUAGUUGUGUGUGAUUUUGUCGGGUUACUUGGUACGUUCUUUUGCAGUUUCUUUAGCACUAUUUCAUCUAAGUGUCCUUCAAAGAGAGACGAAGACAGCACCAGUUAUUCUUAUAUCAGCGAUAGCAGUGUGUUAAGUCUUCACAGACUCUUGUGGGAUCACCAGGAAAAGAUUGGUACAUACUUAGCCACUAAGAGGUUAGUGAUGAAGAUAAUUUACCCUGAUGCUACAACACUGCAAUUGGGAAACGAGAUGAACAAAACUUGUAUUGAAUUCUAUUCCUUCUUAAAAAAUUCUCCGAUGAAUCUUUUGAGUAUGCUGUGACAGCUGUGUUAAGUUACAAAACCUUGAUUAUUUGAAAUUAGCUAGAAAUUAUACUUUGGUCAGAUAGCUAAACCCAGGCAGAACUAGACACGACCAAAACAAACAAGCAAAUAAUUAAAUGCAAAAUAAAUGACUGACAAUAACAUGUAAGGAGAGGAAUCACGACUCCAUAUGGUUCUCUCUCUUGCUCCGAGAGGUUUUUCUCCGGGUACUCCGGUUUCCCCUCUCCUCAUAAAACAACAUUUUCAAAUUCCAAUUCAACCAGGAAUCAGGUAGACGAAGGGCCACCUGGUGGAUAUGUUACCGCUAAAUCGUUAUUUAUUUAUUCAUAUACAGUUCUACGCCAGAAUAGCUGUGAAAACGCACUUGAAAAGACGGUGCCCGCCCUCGAAAAAACGUCGCUAUCGUAAAGUCAAUUUUCCCUAGAAAGCCUAGCCUUUGGUACAUGCUGCUUUAAGCUUACGUUGUAGUAAGAUAUCACCAUGGUAAACAUAACUCUAACCCUAAAGAAUAACGCUUGCGUUGCUUAUACGUUUGUGUUUUCAGUGAAUUCAAGACGUUUGGUAGAAGACCCUUUGAGAAAAUGUCUACUCUGCUUGCUCAUCUUGGACCGCCUGAUCAGCAGAAAAAUCAUUUUUCUCUCGCGUAGGUUUUAACCUUUCAUAAAUACAGUAAAGUUGGGUUUCUAAGCCGUCAAAGCUUGUGACGCUGAACAAAUCGUGACGUUUUACAAGAAAAGAAACAAGCCUAAAAAAUUGCGCCAACUGUUAUAUUGACUCGUAACUUGUUCUAAAGAAAACGUUGUUGUCUUGCAAGAGAGGGGGACCAAGCAAGUUGUUUUUGUUUGAUCUUUAGACGGUGGCAAGAUGGAGCACGAUAUGAAGAGUUUAUGGCUCGACAUGCUGAGGAGAGUCGAGACGAGCUACAGUCCAUUAAAAGUUUGAAUGUGUUUUAUCAGGUUAGUUGGAUUCUGUCACUCGGGGAAUCAACCUGCCAAACAGGCACAUUUUAUUUUCACUCCCCUGAGACUGUCUGGUUAUUUUUAUACCAGUUUUUAAGUAACAAACGUGCUCUUAUUCCUUCUUGUGAUGACGGAACAGAUAUUUAAAUAACUAAGAGAAAUGGCUUAUUCAAGCUAAUUAGGUUAUCGUCGUUAUUUUUUCAUUCAAGGGUGGAAAAUCAAAAGCAGGAAAUCCUGUGUUUUACUAUGUCGCCAGACGAUUCAGGUAGUGUCUUACCAAUUUUGAAAUCUUCAUGUACAAUAAUCGAAGUCAGAUUUUGCUUACACUAACAUCAUUUCUUGUUUAUCUGGCUCUCAGUGUCUCUCUUUUACAGAUUUAAAUCACAGGGAAAGUUAUCUGUAAUAAGAAAUUUCUUUGCAACUUUUCCCUGCUUCUUUCCUUUAUUUGGCUUAUGUCUUGCUAUUAUGUCUAAUAGUUCCUUAUUUUCGUGAGACUUUUUUUGGCCCCGCGUCAAGAACGAAUUUCAAGUUCCUAAGUGGCCUCUUAAGUUCCAACAAGCCAAUUUAAGUGGAAUAACGUACCUUGAUUGUAACCCGUUUUCCCAUUAUUUUUUCUGUAAAACACUGUUAUGGCUGAGCGGUCGGCGCCUGGGACUCGCAAUCGGGCUGUCCUGGGUUCGAGUGCCCCAAUCCUACCUAUAUUUGUUUCUCGGUCGUCCCGGGUCCCAGGUCCUCAGCCAUGCUUGUAAAUAGCUAUUGCCUUCUGCCAGUUGGGGUUGUUAAUCCUGUUGUACUUUUUGUAUUAUUCGUUCCCGUUUAUAAUAUUUGAGUGGAUUGCCUGUAGGUAAACUAGCCAGAACCGCAAUUGCAUUUCCACUAUAAAAAUCAACGCACUAACCAUUUUAUUAAUUUUUGUACUCCGAGCGACGACUCCUAGAUUUGAGAAUGUGUGCAUUUUUCCAAAGAUAAGAACGUUUGAAGAACAUUGUAGACAAUAUGGAUGAUAAUGUUAGGGCUUGAAUUGUUGAUAAAAAUGCUGUUUCUAUUCAUGCAGAAGUGACCAAAUAAGUGAUGAACUGCUCAUCUAUCACGCUCUGUUGACACUGGAAAGCUGCAUUGAAGGACCUUGGGAAUUAGUAGUCGACUUUACUCACACCACAUUAGAGAACAGAUUUAGUGUAAGUUUGAGGUUCCAUUCGCCAGCCUUUCUAAGAAUUUUGCUUAAAACAAAUAAGAAGUCUGGAGAUUUUUCACUUAGUCAGCGGGUUGUCGGCGACAGUCUUGGGGACAUAAUGGACCAAAUCAGGGCACUGAUUGCAAUAUAAUAAUACUGAAAAACACAAAGCUGUAAUAAGAUCGUGCACGUGGUCGAACCUUGGUUCUUUGACUCGUCCACUAAUCUGACUGAUUUUAUUUCCUUACAGCCUACUACAGUUCAAAAGAUCUUGAGAGUGGUUCCUAAUGGUGCAGAGAAAACUCUGACGGCAGCUUACUUAUACAACUGUAGUGGCUCGUUAAGACAGUACGCAAAGUACAAUGAGCGGCAUUUGGCCCCUCUAAAGGUAGCUUGCAAACCAUUUUUUAUCUGUACGUGGUGUUGAAAUGCAGUAGAACCUCGAUAUAAAGAAGGCCAAGGGACUGGCAAAACAUGUUUGCGGUAACGACGUUUCGUUAAAUGGAGGUUCUUUUACAUAUGUUUUACUAUGACUGGGGCGAAGAAUAUCGUUUGUUGUACCGAGGACUUCGUUAUAUAGAGGUUCUUUAUAUCGAGGUUCCACUGGUUGCCCUUCGGUGGAAUGAUUUCCUCGCUGUACUGGGGAUAACCAGAAACACUGAAAAGAUAGUAACGCUGACGACAGUCUGUUAUUUACUUACUGCGCUUUUCAUAAACGUGCGAACUCUAAAGCUCAAAAGCCGCCUUCGCAAUUGCGUUUUUCACUGCCGUCAAUCAUAAUUACGAUCACAAGCAACGAACCCUGAAACACAAAACGGAUCGAAAUCCACAAAUCACAGACCAUGAGCUAUUGAACGCGUUGAUGUAAAGUUUUGUUUCCUAAGACCUCCGUUAAGAUGAUUGACGGUAGCGAAAAACAGAAUCGUCGAUUGGGUUUUGAACUACAGAAUUCGCAUGUUUGUGAAAAGCGCAGUAAAGGGGCUAUGUCAAGCUAUUUACUAUCUUCUUAAAAAGCUAAAACUCUUUUCGUAUCUGUUGAAUUCGAAAAAUAAUUGUCCAGUUUUGUUAUUUACGAUUAUCUUUAGGCAUUGAAACUGUUUCCUGUCAUCUUUUGCAACAGAUGGCAAGGAUGGACAUGGAUUGAAACUUUAAAACGUUUUAAUGCUCUGCUUGCAAAAACGGUUUCAGGUUUAACUCUAUGCCAUCAAAAAUCACUCAAAAAAAAUAUUAGGGUUAGCGCUUCCUGUUGAAAUUUGUUUCAUUUCUUCUUCGUAACACUUCAGGAGCAUUUUGUAUACGGGCAAAGGCACUGCGAGGGUAUGGUUGAAGAUUACUUUAGGAAGUCAUCUUGCCCCGCUUGUUCAAAUGUUGGAUAGCGCUAUCCACCGGAUAAAUCACCGCGGAUAAGUAUUAGGGAAGCCAAUUACUCUAUCCAGUGGAUAGCGCUAUCCAACGUUUGUACAAUUGUGGCCUGAUGCAUACAGUGUGUAUUGAAUUAGCCCCUCGUGUCAUUUUCUCCAAGAAAAACUUUAUUGUGUUGUGUUUGAACGUUUUUUAUUAGCACUGCACCAGAAAUCUUGAAGCUUGACAGUUGUUUCUUCAUUUGCUCAUGUAUCAGAUGUCAUUAAUGAUGAAGUGUCAUAAACUGCAAACCUUUUUUCUCACUUGUUUAGGGCCGCUCAGUGGUACGCAUUUGUGAGUCUUUAAGUAAGUUGCAUGAGUAUAUAAGUCCCUGUGAACUCAAACUACCAAGCUCUACUUUAUCCCUCGAAGAGGAUUUGAAGGUAAGCGGUGAUGGUGUUUGUUUCAUUGUGUAAUCGACUGCAACAGAUUGAGUUUAGGUCCAUGUUGCGAUUCCUUUUCAUCCUCGCCAACGAAACUCUUCUUCUGGUGUGAGAUUGUCAGCCAUUCACAAAACGAGGCAAUGUACCUUCCUUUGCAUGGAUGCAGACGUGGCGGUGAACUUUUUUUGCUAGAAACCUCAGUCCCAUUCAUAUGCCCAAGAACAUGAUUUUCAUUUGAAAGGCAUUGAGGUUUUUUUUAUCAAAGGAAGGUCACUUCCAGCCCUGCUUCCACUCAAGGCCAGGAAACUCAAUGCGCAACUGUGAAGUGGUCUAUUUAAAACCGUACCCUAAUAAGUAUUACCUUCCUACUUGUGGGUUUUGAUGAGCUGUGUGUGAUUUAUCCUUCCCCUCCUUACUUUUGAAAAUGUGGAUGGAAUGCUAUGACCAAUGGUUUUGCUUUAGUAAUGCUAUAUUUGUCACUAUCUGUUUGCACAUCACUGCAAAGUGAAACUGGCAAACGUUGAUUUUGUUACUUUCACAGUCAAAAAGUAAAAGUCUUUUUGCGCUAAUUAUGUUGAUUUACAUUGCAUAUGAUCUGAUUUAACAGGUAUUCCAAGCCUUUAGGGUGUCAACGCGGAGCAAUGUUCUUGUUAAGGUAAUUCUCCAUAAUUCUCUGUUGAUGUCCGAACAAACAAGUAAAAGAGAUCGCCGGGGCUUAACGAAGCACCCAGAACAAGCUGUUAUAUUGGGAAAUGAAAAAAGAGGAGGUUGUGGUUAAGCUGACAUUCUGUUUAUGGUUAAAUUGCCCACUGUGCUUUAUUGUUUCUGUAGAUUGGUCCCACGUCAGUUCAAAUCAUGACACCAGAAAGGCACCGAGUAUUGGGCUAUUCCAGCACCCUGAAUGAUGUGUACUAUGCUUCAGAAGUGAAGGGGGUACGUUUUUGUAUAUUGUAGUGUUUAUCCAAACUGCUGUUCGUAUCCUUUGAAGUGCCAGCAGGAGAAAUAAUUAUCCCUGUUUCAGCUCACGUUUGGCACAUAUAGUUCUAGGCAUCUUGAUUAUUUAUAUAUUUAUUUAUUUUGCCAUACACAAAGAACGAAACGUUCUUCAGAAGAAAUCAGGAUUACACAUGAUAACUCAAAUCCAAGAAGAUAAUAGGAGGCCAUCAGAAAUCAGGAGAAAGGCCUCCCCACUUAAUGGCACAUGUACAGUUUGUAGGACAAAUAAUCUAUCGGUUUAGUAAAAAGUUGCAUGGUCUCCUUGUAAAACAGGACAAUGUUUGGGAGAGCGUAUUAUCAUGGAUUGAUAGCACCCUUGCUAUCGUUGUAUGUAAAAAGAUUAUAGUUCCUUUUUAUCAUAGCUGAAUUAUUGUUUUGCAGGCGACUGUUGAAGAUGAGAAUCUUUGCUUACUCAAACUAGCCAAUGUCGGCCCAGGGAUUCUUUUGAUGUGCAACGAAAGUGAGCAACUUGUUCAAGCUGUUACUCACGUCAAAACAAGAUGGCAGCUCUCACAACCAGUAAGCUUGUAUCGACGUUAUAGCCCUCUUUAAUCCUUGAUAUUUACUCGUUUAGGUUUUAGAUGUAAUGGCUUUGUUUCAUUAAAAAUGACUAUUAAAGACCAACACAUAAACAAAGUGUGACCAAAAGUCACAGAAAACCCAACAUGUGAAGAGCUUACAGCAAAGUGUUACCUUUGUUUUAGGAUUCAUCCACAGCUGCGAGCAAAAAGAUCAAACCAAAGGACGUCCCGGGAACGUUACUCAACAUGGUAAGAAACGAUCGUACUGAAGGAGCUAACUAAACGCAAAAGAAAUGCUCCUCUUUUUUUUCAACUGUUGAUACAUUAUUUUAUUUUGCCAAAACGUAGGUUUUUGUGUACGCACGAAGACUUCAUAGCAUGCGUGUGCCUCACAAAUCCAUCCGAAGUAUUAUCACUUUAAAUCCGGCCUAAAUGUUUCUGUUUGUACGUUCGUCUUCGUCUUCAGAUUAAGAUCAUGUACUGUCUUUUUUGCACUGCAGGCUUUGCUCAACCUUGGUACUUCAGAUCCAAGUUUGCGCUUGGCUGCCUACAAUCUCUUGUGUUCAGUCACCAAGUCAUUCAAUCUUAAAAUUGAAGAAAGGCUUUUGGAGGGAACAGGUAAGGAUAUAAAUGCAACUAAAACUCCGGUAAUCAACCACAAUACGAAGUUUUGGUGAUCGUGUACGGUCAGUGAUUGCCUCGCUGAAAAUAUAAAACUUUGACUUAGAAAACUGUCCUUGGUAUUUGGGGAGAGUGAUUGCUUGUGGAAUGGAGAUACAUGGAGUUUAAUUGUUUAAUACUACGUUCGAAGUUAAAUGCAGACAACCCCAGCCGUGCAAGCGCCUCGUUGCAUCAAACCUAAUGUAUUCUAAAAUGACGAAUCUUUCUUUCUCUUCGGACGAAUUUUGACAGUGGUAUGGAUGUUAAUUGAUAUUUUGCUGUGUUUUACUCUUAAAUUAGCAUCAUUAAUAUGUUUCUUAAUUUCAGGUCUGUGUAUCCCUGCCAAUAACACGCUCUUUAUUGUUGGGAUCAGUGAAAAACUUGCAGCAAAAGAACCGCAGCUUACUCUGGAGGUUAGACCAGAAGAGUUUUGUCACAACUCAUUAACCCUAAUCAGUCCAUACUUUCUUGAUUGCCAUUCAUCGGUUUAAUUAAAACCUUUUUACCAUGUAAAUGGUUCUCAAGUAUGUAAAGAAACAAAAACGUCGUUUUGGCGCAAAGUUAAGUGAUACAAUGCAGGUAAUGUAAUGUAGAGGUAGUAUUGUUUUUUGCCCCAGAAAAAUAGAAUUGUACGACUAAACUUCUGUACAUAUUAAGCCGCAUAUUAAGCUUUUUCAAUAUACUCUGAAAGUAGUUAAUUUGUUCCUUAUUUCACGAUUUCAGUUCCUGGAGGAGUGCAUCGCAGGUUUUGUCAAAUCAGAUUUUGAACUGAAACAUUUAUGUCUGGAAUACAUGGCUCCGUGGUUGCCAAAUCUUGCAAGGUUGGUGCAAGUUUUUUUUUUAAGUGAGCGGAGAUGGUUUCAAACUCAGAAAACGUCUCUGUUCAUUUCAUUGUUGGUGUCGGAUUUUGUUGACAUUCAGUUGGAAUCACACAGAACUAUUUCCUUUAGGUUUUGCAGGUACCCCGGCGAUGAUCCACAGAAAAUAAAAAUGACACGCAUUCUGGAAGAACUGAUCAAUCUGACUGUGAAAGAGAAGGGGGUAUGUUGGCUGGUUUUAUCCUUUACAGAAAAGUGCAGAGUAGUUGUUAUUUCAAUUUUCACGCAUACAGGCCUCAAAGUGAAAGACACCCUGUGUUGCACAAACAGCAUCGUCGUUAAGAGUGCUAAAUAAGGUUCACUUAUAUGAUCACUCUUUAGUGUUUCAUCCCAAGACGCCAAUGUAUGCGCUGGUCGAGCUGUUCAGAAAAGGGAGUUAACUGUAACAUUGAUGAUCGUUGUUUUGUUGUCAUAGACCAUGUAUCCGUCAGUUCAAGCUACAAUCUGGGGAAAUAUUGGAAAAGUAACUGAGUUAUUGGACACGGUUCUUGAUUGUUUCAUCAAGGUAUUGUGACAAUUCUGGGCUGUCUGUUAUUGAUCACUAAAUCUAAGGGUAAAGGGUUUGGUGGCGUUCAAAUAAUUUUACAGUGUCGAUAGCCAUUGAUAAUCAACAACGUUUACUGUUCUCUUUUCAGGCCAGUGCUACCGGUGGUCUGGGAUCUGUGAAGGCAGAAGUAAUGGCUGAUACUGCUGUUGCUUUGGCCUCAGCCAAUGUGCAAGUCGUUUCACGAAAGGUCAUUGGAAGGUUAGAUUCGGUAAGACAUGGAGUUGUUCUCCCGCUAAUAAUAGGGGAGCUUAAGCAAUCACGACAACAACGUCAAAAACGAUUGGCUUUAUGGGCAAAACAACAGCUCUACACGUGAAUCGCGCUUUUUAGUAGGUGUUUAUGACGUCCACUGCAGGACUACGACGUGAAACCUCCUAAUGCUACGUUUCGCAGAGGACGUGAACAUACGAUGACGAAUUAUCCUUUCUCUUUUUGAAGGUGGAUAAAGUCCAUAAGAAUUCAACUCCAGGAGAAAUCGCGUACAUUUGACGUAUUAAGAGGGACAAAUAGACGCGAUUGACAAUUUUUUUUCCCGACGUUUUCACUACCGUCGUCGUUGCGUAAGCUCCCCAAUAUGUAUCCGAACAGAAGCGCAUAACCCAACUUGAAAAAUAUUUCCUUUGACGUUUCCGGGCCGAAUUUUUCAUUUCCAUGUUCCUCCUUCCAUGUGGCAGCAGGUAAUCCUUCAGACGUGUUUCAUUACAUUACGAAUUCCUAUGUGCCAUACCUUGACUUGCGUGUAUGAUUUUUCUUCUUUUCUUUCCUUUUUUUUACUCAGCUCAUCAGCAAGACCUUCAUUUCUCCAACAUUACGCUUGGAGCUGCACCUCAUGUGGGACGACAUUGCUAUUCUCACAAGAUAUCUUCUCAUGCUUUCAUUCAAUGACUGCCUUGAUGGUGAGACACUGCAAUCAGUUCUUCAUUUAAGAUCGCCUUGACCUCGGACACUCUUGCUGUUACGAACACCUAACUUCUCCAUUUCAUUUUACUAUCUCUGACGAAUUCUUGCCAUUGAUGGUAUAAGAAAUGUAUGGCGCACUGUGGAGAAUAUGGAUUUCGAUUUUAAAGGUUAAGUGGAUGAGACCGGGACCAACGUUCGCGUAUAUCGGAGGAAAGAAAUUACUCGAAAAAAAAAAGAAAAAUUUGGCACAAAUAAGAUUUUUAUUUUCGUGUCUGUUCACGUGUAGUAUCGCAAAUCUUAAGUCACAUUGCAUCUCAUCUGUUAUGUAAGAAUGUGCCAUUAGUUUUACCACAGAUAACCAUAUUUAUGUUAUGUAGAGUUGACAUAUUUUAUCUCGGGCGACGCCCAAUCCGACUCCAGGGGUGGAUCACCUUGUUUAGACCCAUUCGGCUAUCGCUCUAGUGUCAUUCUGACUUGAGGUUGGACAUGUGCAGUUCAGCUAUUAAUGGCUAUUUCAAAAUUACCUUUAGCCUUUUUUGAAAGAGAUUCCUGGUGCUCAUUCUUUCACUUGAAAAUAACUUUAUAUUCACCCGCAAACAAAGCUGAUUUUCAAAUGAAUGGUUUUGUACCAGACCUCGGAUUUGAUAACGAGGCUUAUGCAAGUCGGAAAGGGUUAUUCAACUUUGUGUUGCUUCUCUCGCGUGCCUGUAAUUUGCAAACCGCACAGAGUCAAACGUCUGUUCUAAAUGACACCGUUUAUUGAAGCAAAUUCCAUGUUUCUGGUGAUCUUGUCACAGAGUUAAGGCCUACUUUGAAUGAAAACAUUUCUCUUUUUUUUUCUCAGUUGCCAGCCAUAUUCCCUACCUGUUUCAUCUCGUGUCUCUUCUUGUAUCGACCGGUCCGCCCACCAUCCGUGCGUCCAUACACGGACUGGUUAUCAAUAUUAUCCAGUCACUUUGUACCUGUACUUGUAUCAAGUUCAGCGGUGAGUCUUCUUGGAUAUCCAUGUAUUGGCCCCUCCAAAUACAAGCCCCCCAAACCGGUAACACAAAAAACCCACCGUUAAAUCGCCCCUCCAAAUAUAACCCCGCUGGGGGCUUGUACUUGGAAAAUUGCUCUCAUAUACAAAGUAAAACGAAGCAAAAACGGUAAAUUUACUUCCAACUAUAAGACUAGCCCAAUCGAUUUUAAAACGCAAACUUCCCUCCGAAUAUAAGCCCCUCCAAAAAUAAGCCCCUCAAAAAGGGCCUUUGAAAAAUAUAAACCCUGGCCUUAUUUUCGGAAUUUUACGGUAUUUCAUGAUAUUUUUUUCCAUUUCCUUUCUGCUCUUUAGUCUGCUACAGAGCCGUUCUUCGUGUCGUCACUCAACGCUCCUUUGUCGGGAGCAGCGUUGUGUGACAAAGAACAGCUGUGUAACAGACGUUCUGUGCUCUGGUUAGCUGUAAAUCUGCUGGCUGCAGCGUGCAUAGUAGCGAUGCACUAUUUCAUAACUCGUCAACAAUUUAUCAGCAGAAAAACAUGUAACGAAAAAAUAACUGUUUAAAGGCUUACAAUUGUAACAAAAACAUCGCUGAAUAUGUUUAUUUUACCUUCUCUGUCCUAAGGUAGAAUAAAGUUAAAAUGAGUGAAAUGAAGUAUUCGCACUAGUUUGGUAAAACAUACCGAGGAACUGAAUCUUUUCUAUGUGUAAGAAAACUGUAUUACUGUAUUGUUCCCCAGAUGAAACCCAGAGACUCCUUCGUUUACGACUAGCAGAGCUAUCAUCACCCAAGUUUUACCUUCUUUUUGGUAAGAAUAUAUUUAACGCCUAUAGCUAAAUAAAUAAAUAAGAGAUAACAUGGGAUUUUCCCAAAUAUUGCAAGGACUGUUUUAACGGAACAUAAUUGUUGUUAGUCUGUAGGUAAAUUCAGUAAGGCAUCUUUUACACCCUUUUAGAAAGGCUUUUAGUUGCUCAAGGGCCCCUAGGUUGACUUGAUCCUCUCCCCCCUCCCUUGAAGAUCACAGACCUUUUAAUUUGCAUUAUGUCAACCAAUCAGAAGUAACACCGAAGCCAAUCGUGACUCGCUCGCGCGCUUUUUCACGCCGUUUUUGGCGCUGUUUUCAUGUUUGCGCUGCGAGUUGUGAUUGCCUCUGUGGAUUGUGUUCGUUUCGUGUCAUUGGCCAAAGUGAUUACUUUGCUUUAGAUUGCACGGCCUUCGAUUCUAAUGUGCACUAAAUUAAACACUUAAAUGUCAUGAAACUGUUUGCUCCGAAGGUAUCUCCAAGGUGAAAACGCCAGCUGUGAAAGCGUUUAAAGCUACUUACCAAGGCAGAUACACGCUGAGAGACAGUGACGGAGAUGCACUGAGCAUGACCGCUAUGGAGAAAGUCACUGACUUGUUGUUGGAAAUAAUGGAGGUAUAAACAUGCUAUUCUCCACUUCCUCCAGCCAGAGUUGAAACUUAGACAAACGUUUUUAAAACUUUCCACUUUCUCACCCACACAUCGCGGAAUUGGUGCCCCAUUAGGGAGCUUAAACAAAGACGUUUUAGAGCGACGCGCGUUAACAUGAAGUAGACUUCAUGUCUUCUUGGCGGAUGGUUUUAGCUAAUUUCCCAAGCAUAUCGUCUCUAUAAGAGCAAAGACACUUAGCAAUAAAAAUUGGGUAAAAUCAACGCAUAUUAAAAAGGAAAAUGGCUCCACUUCCGUUUGACGUGCGUCGCUCAAAAUCGUCUUUGCUCAAGCUCCUUAAUGACCACUUCCCCCACCAUAAUCAAAGUUGUUCAGUCGCUGUCGGGCCAAAAAAAUAUGGUCCUGCCGGACUUCAACAUUUUUUUUAUUGGGCGGGGGGUGGGAAGGAAGGAGUUUUUUAAUCAAUUUUGCUUUCAAGAAUUUUAUUGUGAAAUCAGACACGGCCACGUCCAUUUUUCGUAAACUUUUGUUCAAGACUGUAUCUUCCACCUUUGCAUCUUCCCAAGGCCUUUAGGGUAAAGUCAUACCUUUUUAAAAUUGUACUUUUCAAGCGAAUUCUGUCAAGCAGCUCUUGCGUUAGCAAUCAACUUAAGUAUCGAGCAAUGUUGUUAAGGUCGGAGCACCUCACCCUAUGAGUAACAUUGUAAUCCCUCAGCCUGAAAAGGGCUAUGUCAGGCUAUUUGAUUUCUUUUCAAAAAGCUAAACCUUUUUUUCGCGUCCACUAAAGUUUCAAUAACAGUGGUCCAGUUUUUUUUAUUUAAAACUAUGUUUAGGCACUGAAACUGUUUCCUGUCGCGGUCUGUUGCUAUGGAUGGCAAGAAUGAACAUGGAUUGAAACUUUAAAAAGUUUUAAUGCUCUGCUUGAAAAAAAUAUCAAAAAAUCUUAUGGAUAGUGCUUCUUCAUAAAAUCAAAGAUAUCUUAUAGAAGCAUCCUGUUUGACAUCCUCUUCAUGCAAAUGUAACUCUACAGAGGGAGCAUUUUUUGUAUUGGCAAAGGCACUAGUAAUGAUUUCAGCACAAAAACUGACCCAGAACACCAAUAUCCUCGUCAUCCUCGAAAGCCUCUUUAAAUGAAAUGAUGUCUUUGCUGUCAACAUUGCGAAGCGACUCAUUGGGAUGUGUCCAACAAUGUCUGGGAUUGUGGUCUCUAUAAUCAACUAAUAGCUGGCUGAUUUUUGAAAGUUUGUUUUCUUUACAGAGUUGUAUGACAGACUUGCCAGAGUGCACGUGGCUAAGGAAGUGGACAGAAUUGGCCACAAAGUGAGUACAUUUUUUUGCGAAGUAUAAAUCACAUUGGCCUGUCUUAUCGUUUAAUUGGUACGUAUUAAAUGACCAUGCUGAACGCAAACAAAACAAACGCGAACUAAAAACCAAUUUUAUUGUUUUAGUGCACCAUGAAUAAUUAUGAAAAAAAAACGUGCAACGCAUCUAACCAAGUGUUUUUUCUAAAUUUUUGCAAAAUAUGCAGGUCCGGUGGUUAAUGCCUUAACAUACCGGACCUGUAACAAAGUGUACAUCGGAGAAACUGGGAGACGCUAAGGAGACCGAUUUAGGAAACAUUACGCUGCACACCCUGGUCACAAGGUCGGCGACAUGUUGGUAUCGGUGAUCCGUUCUGGCUUCGGCAGUGCGACGGAAAGGCGCAGUUUUGAUAUUCAGACACCAGACACUGGUGCCAGCUGGUCUGAAUGUGGAUGUUAAUUUGAUUUGAUUUGAACUUCUCAAAGUCAGCGCGCGCAUGUAAAGUUACGUCUAUGUUUUGAAUUUCACUUGAACGUUAAAUUGUGCGUGCAUUUUCAGUUGCUUUUAAACCAUUUGGGAACAGGGAGCAUCCUUGUCCUUCCCGCCUUCCUUUGCACGCACAUGUUCAUCGAGAGAGAGACGUCUGGGUACGAGGCAACCCUUGAAACGUCUGGUUUUUCCUAGGUUUUCUACGCAUAUUUUGUAAAAAUUUUAAAACAUUCGAUAUUUAUGAUUUGACGCAAACACUCACGGUUUUUAUGGUCAAAUGUGUAACUGUGAUCUUUGACCCGUCCACUAGCAAUCCUCAGAUCAGUCGAACCUAUUCUCCCUACGUCUAAGCUACUCUUAAAUGGUUAACGUCCAUAAAACAAGCUGGUAGAUGAAACGAAAUCGUAACGGAUAAGAGUACUACCUAUUACAGAUAUAACAUUUUCCGGCCCUAUUUUGUCAUUACUUCUCUUACGUCCAUAACGUAAUGUAUUCAAGUUGAAAGGAAAACAAGAAUAUCGCUUACUCUUCUGAAAAUUUACGUCUUGAGUUAAUUAUAUUACGCAUAUAGAAAAGCGGAUCGAUUUCAUGUAAACAAGAAAAAAAAUAUCGUUGGAAGCAAAAUUUAUGGCAGCGGUGGGAUUCGAACCCACGCCAUCGAAAUGGCUGGUGCCUAAAACCAGCGCCUUAGACCACUCGGCCACGCUACCCCGCUUACAGUUAAGUAGUAUUAUGCUGCUCUUUUGUCACCAGUUAUAUAGUUUUUUUACGAUUUAAAAACAAAACGUAGAUAUAUAUAUUUGUGUUGAUUUUUCAGUUCAAAACAUUCAAGAGAAAAAUGAAAUGGCAACCUGUGCUAUUUCCCACUCUCGGCACUGGAGCCAAGUCCGAUGUUUGCUCCUUUAAAAUAAAGAUCUUAUCAGUUUGUUUUACUCAUAUCGGGGGUUGUUGUGGUUCACCAGGUUCAUUAGAUUUCUUUGUUUUACUAAGUCUUAUCACUAGAGACCAUUCCGAGAUAAUUUCAAGAUAAUUUCGUGGUUUUUUCCUCUUGUUUGGUCUACAGAUUUGCUUUUGACUUCAAUCCCGCACUUCAGCCUCGCUCCCUCGUAGUACUUGGUUGUAUCUGCAAAGAAGCGAAUGACAGGCUCAUACGGGGUGUUCUAGAAGUGUUGAUCAUGGUAGGUAUUUGCGUUGUUCCUGUUUACGUUAAAUGGCCUGGCUUAAUCUUUGUGAAUACUAGUAUAGAGAAAACGGAAGUUCACAAGGUUGUGUUUUCCCUGCUUAAUUUGUUUCUAUACCAGUUUUUUUGACACACUUAAAAUGUGAAUGGAUUGUCUUUUUAGGCACUGAGUACAUACAGUGAUCUCGUGUUAAUAGAAGCUUCGUUAAUGUGCCUCUCAAGACUUCAAGUCAUACUCAGCAAGGUAAGUGAAGUAUUCAUCGAUUUUUUUGUGGCAUUAUACAGUCAGGUCUAUGAUGGAGAAAACAUGUCUAAAAAUUACCUGAAAUGGUGAAUUUUGUACAGUAUUUCUGACAUUGUCAGCGCAACUGGCACUCCCGCCCCCUUUGCCAUAUAAUUUCCUAACUUUUGAUUUAGCGUUGUAGUUCCACAGACUCAAAAGUUAGCGCUGCCUUGUGUCAUCUUUAUUGACUUUGGAACUGAACUCGUCAUGGGGUAGAUGGGCUUUCUGUUUUUCAACACUCCCCACCAGUAGACCACACAUCAAACUAUAAUUGUUGUCAAGUGUAUCCACCGUUUUCUCUUUCUAGGAUUCCAAGUAUCAUAAAGCAUUCUUCUGGAUUGCAGUGGCAGUGCUUCAGGUAAAGACAAAUAAUAACUGUUAACUAGUCAGUAUUGACCAAAAUGGAGUUUGAUGGUAGCUUCAUUUCAGCAUUAAAUCACAGCGUUUGGAAUGUACUAAAGAACUUUUGUCGUUGCAGCUGUCGGAAGUAUCACUGUAUCCUUGUGGCCUUGCUCUUCUGGAGCAAACUCUCAUAACGCUUGAAACACAUGGCGCCUUCGAAUCACAGGUUUGUUGAAAAUUUUAGUCGAUUUUGUCCUGGGUUAUGUAUUUCUCAAUUUACCAUUUUCGUCUUAAAAGACGGAAAAAAGGGAAGACUUGGCAGCGGUGGGAUUCGAACCCACGCCAUCGAAAUGACUGGUGCCUAAAACCAGCGCCUUAGACCACUCGGCCACGCUACCUAUCGCGCCCAACUCUUUCUUGAUUAACGAACUCAUUGAGUUAGGAAUGCGCUUUGGUAAAGCAAUUUUUUUUCUCGUUGCAGAAUUACUGGAAAGUUUCUCUGUAUUUUAUACGACGAAACGUUUUAACUUCAUUCCUCUGAAAUAGAACCUGUAGUUAGAUUUUUGUCAAACUUUACCGAUUGGUUGUUUAUGUUGUAGUAACGUAAUUUUUAAAAUGAAGUCGUUGGGCCCCUAUACUCGUUUGGGAGAAGCAGAACUUGUAGAUACACAAUAAUUCCUACAAAAUACCAAUACGAUGUAUAUAUACGAGCACAUGCUUUGAACAUGUUUCCGGCGAUUGUCUUUUGUUGCUGUUUUUUUUUUUCCGGUCUGGGAGUUAGUCUAAAUUCAUUUUAGUGAAAGAAAGUUACUUGAGGAUUUACCACCUCUCUGGGGAGCUCCAGCCUUAUGGGAAAAGCCGCCCUGUGUAAAUGCGCACACGCUAAUCACGCGUGUAAUUUGCGCAGGAGGGAUGCACAAUGCAAUAAAAAAGAAUAACCUUAUAAUGUUGUAAUUUUUUGUAGCCGGUAGAUAAAGUGCUUAUGGCUGUGAGGAAGGAACCCUUACUGGAGUUUCACUGUAAGCAAAUGGAUCAUUUCGUUGGUCUUAACUUUUCAAACAACUUCCACUUUGCAUUGAUGGUGCAUCUUGUUAAAGGUAAUAAUAACCAGCCUCCUGCAGGGGACGAUUCUUUAUUAAUUAAAAAUUAUUGAAUGAGGCUGAGUAUGAUGUGAAGAACUAUCGCGGACUGAGGCGGAUAACUGCCUCCGAGAUCUGCUUAAUUCUUCACCUUAUACGAAAGGUGUGGAAUUUUAAUAACUGUGUUGUUAUUCAUUCAAAAUAGUUCUUAAAAAGCUUUCUUUUAAACUUUAGCCUAUUUCUCGGCACUAUUUCAGGAUGUAAACAAAUGUUUUUCUUGAAGUUACUCCUCGAAAAGUAGAUAACUAAUUAACAUCCAUCGAGCAAUAUAUUUUGGGUAUUCUUGCAUUUCUUCCGUACAGUUUUAGUCCCAAAUUCAGCUGUUUUUUUUUUUUUUUUACACGUUGAUAGACAGCUAGCGGCCACGCCUGGAAAAGGAAGUUGAUCGAUGAUCGAUUUUGCUUAUGCAGGCUCGUUUCCAGGCCAAUAUACCAUCGAUCAAACCUCGUUUCCAAGCCAGCGUACCUUUGAAUCGGUGCUAUACUGCUUUGAGCCAAUCGGAAACGGCGAAACGUUUUAAAUGAAUAAUAAUUAGGAACAACUUUGAAUCAUGUCACGUAGAAGAGUCGAGGAGCGAAGGUAUUAUCUUGCAUAUGCUUUUGGUUGUACACCCCAUAGCAUGCGCUUGUUAUCAGAUAAGAAAAAAAACUUAUAUGAAUAAAUUUGCCUGGCUUAAAGUAACGAAGUCACGGGUUUUAGUUUAAGGGGUUUCAAUUCACGGGUACAUCGGCUUUUUAACUCUAAAAAUCUCCAAUUUUUUGGAAUAGUAACCAUCAAUUACCCCUAGGAUAACAUAUGUCGUUUCUGGAAUUUUUGAAAUAGCCUUUUUUUCCUAAGUAAUUUCUAUUUGACAUUUUUCAAUUUUCUUUGUUUCAUGAUAUAAAUUUUGCAAUUUUUUGUACGUGGCUAGGAUUUAUGUGUAUUUGUUUCUCUUUGCGUAGUCCCUGCACGGCAUUUUCCCAAGGCCUUCUCGGUCAAUUCACUUCGGUGACGUAUCCGAGGUGAACGGGCACUCAGCCUUCGCUUGGACCACGUGACCCGAAACGCAUUGGCCGCGCGGAAUAAUAAGGCCAAGGGACCAGGCAAGGUUUCUCUUAUGUUUAGGUGAUACCCAUUCCUGGGAUUAAGUGCUCAUUAGAGAAGGGGUUGGGGACUUCAGAAUGUUCUAACUUUGUUAGUAUAAGAAGUCAAAGUUUUCCUAUUAUGAAACUGCGCAAAUUCUUUUGUAGGAGUCUAUCAUCCUCAGGCAACAUCGUCGGCGCGAGCUAUACGUAUUCUGAACUUGAUGGAUGAUAUCACAAGUAAACGUAAGACUAGGUAACUAUGGUUACAGUUUAUUGAGGCCUUUUAUUGGAAGAAAAAUAAGACAAGUCUUAGUUGAGGCGCAAACUGUAUCGUUUAUACGAGCAUGUCUUGAAUAAGACGCAAACAGCUCGCAUAUGGCUCGCGUCUUAUUUCGAUCAGGGAUCGCUGUUUUCGCGUGAAUCUUGCUAUUAACUGUGGCAAUCCAACAUUACGGAUGUUAAAAUAACGCGUGCGCACUAUGCGUUCACGUCUUAAAUAAGACGCGAAGUUCACUUAUACGAGGUUUUCUUCGUCUUAGAUAAUACGUGUCUUAGUUCAGACAAAAUGUGUCAUUUAUACGGGAAUUUCGCGUUUCAUGUAAGACAUUUUUUUCCUCGUAUAAGUGGCUCUUCGGUGCGAUUUCUCAAUAUUUUAUUAUACCCAUUGGCAUUUUUAAUUUAUUUGGUAGUCGCGUAUUUGAUGCUAAGAAAUCUUAAUUUCAUUUCAGCCGUGGUUCCUUUGUAGUCAACAAAGAAAAUCUUGCUUAUCUGGCUGGUAAGUUAAGGGAAGAUAUACAUUCCUGUUAUUGGUAAAUAAUUAAAAAUAGGUGAUGGCUUUCAGCACUUCGUCCACAAUCAAGUAUAGACACACACUUAUCCACACAUGACGAAUUUGAUGUAAAUCGUUUUGGCUUAGAUGUGCACGCAAUGGCAUUUGCGUCUUCUUGCAAGUACGCUUGGUCACCAAAACGCGUCUGCCUCAUCAGGGCUUAAUAUAUUUUUUAAUAACUUGGCCGCAAUUGCUGAUUGGCUGAGAUAAUUCUCUUCAUUUUAUCAGCCAAUCAAAAGCCAAAACUAAUUAUAAUUGCUCACAUGUGUUUUCCCACUCUUGUUCAUUGGCGGGAAUUGACACCACUCUGAUUGGUCAAAGUGAUUACUUGAACUGUGAUGCUCUGUUGUUUCCUCUUCAGCUUUGUUACCGGUCUCAGAGGAAGUCCGUUCCAAUCUCCGCCCCGGAAACCCAAAAGAACCAGACAGCUCCACGCCACCGUACCCGGGAAAAUUAGAGAACAGCAGCAUGGCUGGCAGUGCGACUUCCUUAGACUCCCAAGUGUCUAUUGUCAUCACUACUGCGUCUUCGUCUUCUCCGAACGAUGAUCCUAAUGAUCAUCGCUUUGUUUGGCCCACGGAAUGUCAGAACACGCUCUUAAACCCUGGGAUCGUGAACGACACUCAGACCCAGGCCCUUUUGCUAACCACUCUGGUAAUGUCAAAAAAAAAAACAUUGUAACGCAUUUAGUGAACUAACGUUUUCGUCUCGAUAACGUAGCAGUUAUACUUUUUCAAAUAUACAACGACUCGUUCAAAGUCUCGUCAUCCUCUGUGACGGCAGUUUGCGUUACUUUUGUUUGACUUUGGUUUCCGCUACAACUAAUAAAAGGUGGAAACGGGAGUAACGUAAUAUAUUUUUACUAUGAAAGCAGUCACUUUUUAACCCAUUGUAUUGUUCCCUUUAUAGACUUAAUUAUUAAUAAGGUAAGUUAUACACUGUUGUAAUUAAAGCUGACAUUUGCGUGUCGAACUUAAAAUGAAUGAAUUAAAAUUUUCCUAACCUUGGAGUUACGUUGACAAUGAUGCCUUGGUUUAUCGUGUGGUGUAUUUUAGUAAAAUCUUAUCACCAACUGUGUACUCUUUGCAGGCAAUUCUACUGGAACACAUAACGGGUGAUGCUGAAACUCGCUUUUUGUACGAGGUUCUCGCCGAGGCCAGCCUAGUUUUUCCUGGAGUUUUUCCUGUUAUGUAAGUUCUUUUACUUAACCAGUCACAUUUGUAACAUAUUAAGUAUUCCGCAUUAGAUGGCUGGAAGCAUUAAUUUUCACUUUAAAUUCUGAACGCGUGAUUGAUUUAGUUUCGUUCCACUUUUUUCAGUUAUCUUCGUUUUGCAAUUUUUCACCAAUAACUUAGCAAAUUUACGAAGGCCCUAAAUCUAUUAGACCCUCGUAGAAAUGUGAGAACUUGGAUAUUCCAAUUAUUACAAAGAAGUGUAUCCUUGAACGCAUUUUGUCACAUGGCGUACAUUCCUCGUUGUGUUUUUACGAAACUUCGCAGCAUUGCUUAAGCCCAUGGUUGAAAGUACGUUGGGUACCAGAGAUGCGCGGUUUUCGGUCUCCAUCAAGUCUUUAUUUUCUCGGAGCUUCGGCCUGCGACCGACACCGAAGUUUCCCGCCACAGGCGAAUGAUAACAGAACUUUUGGCACUCAGGCUAGGUUGAAAAUGGUUAUGUCCAUACCGCUAUACAGUCAACUGUAUCGUAACGUACACCUCUAUUAAGUCUGAUGUCUAUCCAUACCCGCUGGUAUUUUCAUUCUUAGAACAUUAAAUUUGCUUUGAUGCUUAAUGCCUGUUACAACAGGGUCCGUGUUAGGGCCUGUUUACAUGGAGGUGGGGGACUCCAGGUAGGUGGAGUAAACCGCCUGUCCAUAUAAUCUUUCAUUCUAAUUUGAUCACGUUUACAUCAUGGGUGGGGUGAUCAAGGACAGGCAGAUUACCCCACCUAAGCCGGUUACUUCACCUACCUGGGGUCCCCCCUCCUCUAUGUAAACAGCCCCUUAGAGAGAGUUGGCUGAAUACGUAACGGUUCCAUCCUCUUUAAAUAUAUAUUUUAAGCCCUUCCUUGUCUUUCCGUCCCUUUAGUUAUCCUCUCCUGGACUCGGAUCUUUCCAUUGUUCUUGGCCACUCAGACGAUGUAGCGACAUUAAAGGCGAUACAGACCAUUGUACGUUCUAUGAGUGCUUUGAAACAGGCUGACGACCAAGCCAUUAAACCCAGUUACCUCUCAAGUGAGUGAGAUAGUGUAGUAGAGAGAAUAAAAACCGUUAAAUGCAUUGCUACUGAUAUAGAGAAUAUAUAGCCGGACCUCCCACACAAGACUAGCCUUGCACAGAGGGGUGGGUGGUGGACUAAUUGGUGAAGCUGUAUUUGACUGACGUUUUUAAUCUGGUGUCUUCAACCUAGAACUGAAACCAAAGCAGUCAACCGUUAUAAUGACAGCAGACUCCAACCGCAGAAAACGCUAGGAGAAAGUAGCUAUUAUUGUGGUUUGACUUCUACUUCUGUUUGGUGGAGAAAACGAAGCGAAGUAAUAAAAAGCCCAAGUGUCCAUUAGACUUUUGUUAUUUUGUUGGGGGGUUAUGUUUCGCUAUUUAAAUUUACAAGCUGAAUUUGGUGGUAAAUAGAUAAAUUUAGCUGUCUUAACUUUGGCUUUAAACCUACAUCGAACCUCUACAACUGCCACCCGUCUACGACAACCACAUUUUUUCUAUUUUAGCAAACGCAUUGUCUUGUUUUGCCUUCUUUACAACGGCCUUUCCCAUUUGUCUCCGAGGUAGCUGUUAUGGGGAGGUUUAAAGGUAACAAAGGUGAGACCGCGCAAUGUCAUGUAAUACGCACAGCCUAAUUCAGUCUCGUAAAAUGUUUUUAUAGCUCCCUUGGUGACCCAUCCCUCCGUUAUAACUGUUUGUUUCAAUGGAAAACGAUACAACUGACACGUAACUUUUUCUUGUUUUGCUUACUUACAAGAAUUCUUUUUCUCGUUUUACAGCUUUCGGAUUUUCGGGAUUCUGUCAUUUUACAAAGUUCAGGGUAAGAGUUGUUUUUGACAUCAAAGGGCCCGUUAACACGUAUCCGUUUUUGCCAUCCGGUGAAAACGGUCACCUAAAACGCAUCUUUUCAAAAACGCUCUCCAGAGUGGAGAUUUUUGAAAACGCUGGCUUCUCUUUUAUUUAUGGACGGUCGAAAAGGGAGGUUUUUGAAUACGAUGAUGUAAUAAGUCGUAAUUAUGCUGCUAGCAUUAAGCAUGCUCUGUGAGGGAUGCUGUCGUAUUUCCAUCGUUUUAGCGUUUUCGUAUGUACAGGCAAAAACGAUUCGAAUACACUACAGGUGGACACGUUUUCAAAAAUAUUCGGAUACUUGUAGAUGGGGCCAAAGUGAAUAAUCAUGUUGGUAAGUCUUUGAGAAGAGCCAUUAUACAGCAAUUAUCUCCUUUGGUACUGUUGGAUUUUUGAAAUUUGCCUAAAAAAAUAUGCCCUUUGGUUUCCUCUGAUACUCGAUUUCUCCAUCGAUUAAUAUAAAUAUGUUCACAGUUCUGAACCAUGCAUGGACGGCGAAUCCCUUUUCAGUUAUCUGUAUUCAGGACUCGUACCUGGUAAAUAUUAACUUGUUUUCCGUUAAGGGGAAACUGAUUACGGGUGAAGCCAGUCUUGGUGUUAAAGGAAUGGAAGCGGCAAAAAUAACGACUCCGUGCCUUUUUUUGGAUAUUAUGAUAGCUUACUUCCUGUGGGCGCCAACAUCGUGGUAUACCAACCUCCCUUAAUUUAAAAAUACACAAUAGCCACUUGGUACUAGUCUCCUGUGACUAUUGUUCAUUUUCAGGAACAUAGCGGCCAAGCAAAUCGUGCUCAGCUUUUCAUGAAGUUCUUGGAAGCCGUCUUGGAAGUUUAUGGCGCAUCAUUUGACGAAAAAACUCAACGUUCAUGUUCUGUGGCGUCUAUUAAACCAAUAAAUCUGAGUUCCAGCACCGAAGAUGUAAGGAAAGCACAUUCGUCGUCUCUCUCAUCUUCCAUGAGUUCUUUGUCUGGUGGUGCGACGGGUGGAAAAAACAUUUUCAUUCCCAUUCCGUUUAAACGAGCGGGAUCCUCUUACAGACAAAAGAAGGAAUCUCCCAAGUUUCGGAGAAAUUGGUCUGCUAGAGCACAACGGAGCACCUCUGCUGGAAAAAGUGUUAAAUGGUAGCAGAAAAGAGUGGAGAAAGGGCUGACAUCUUUCCCAGUGAAGGAGGUUGUCAGAUGUUGUUAGCGAGCCAAGUGGUAAAAAUCAAGAUUAAAGGGAGCCAUUACAGCACAGAAUCAAUUUUUGACUUCAGUGAGACGAUGCUAAACGUUUCCUCUUGAGCAGCUAAGAUAACUGUGUUUUUUUCUGCUCAGAGGCUCAACACAAGUUGGUCAUGCUGGUCAUGAGUAUAAACCAACUUAUCACCAAAGCAAUCUCAGUCAUCAACAUUCCAACAUUUUAUAAAGUUGUUGUCCAGUGAUAAUAACUUACAUGUUGACGUUUGAGCAAUUUUAACGUUCGCGGAUCAUUCGAGACUCAGUUACAUAAGUAUAGAGACGCAAUGUCCCAGUGUAUAUGGUCUGAUGGAAAACAGAACCUUGCCCAAGGCUGACGCUUGUGUUGCGGAAGCAGAACUCCCUAGGGUGGACAUCUGUUAAGAUGGACCCGUCAGUUAGGUGAACAGCAAAAACAACCACCGUUCUGAGCGGAAUUCUUCUCUAUAAUUGACAGCGUUGUAAAAUAGAUACAUCUAACGGUUGUGUAUGGGCAACUCUUUUCCGAAGUAGCCAACUAUGUCAGAUGAAUAGAACAGUCUGAGUGAUCCUGGAAAAAUUUAUUUCACAACAAGCUCGCCCGAGAUGUUCGCCAUCGUUUUCCGUGAAGUAGACACAACAGAUGCUCAGUAGUGAAAUCAUCCCGACGAAGCACUACACGAGCGGCGAGUAUAAAUUUGAAACUCACAUGAUAGUCCUCACGUUCACCACUAAACAAGCAAAUUUACAAGCCAUAGUAUCACUCCAGUCUGGGAAAAUCUAGGGAAACGCAACGAUGCAAACAAAUGUAUUAAGCAUGUCUUACCAAGGACCCUUCCCUAGGUGCAUAUGCACAUAUUAGUCAAAACCCAAUUCUUCCGCGUUCACGUGUUUAUCAAGGUAUUUAAUUCAAUUGGCAGCUAUCACUGACACUUACACUGCAUGAUGGCUAUUUCUCAGUUCCAAAUUGCGAUUUUAGGUAGAUGAUUGCAUGCUUUAGUCAGCAUGUCAUGCAUCUAUAGAGACCGUUGUGUGGUAGCUACAGUGACGCCUGUGAUAGAAUCUUACAGCUGUUUCCGUUUAAGGAAAUUGCGUAUGCCUGACUGGCCAAAAAUUAACGAGAGGCACAACGUGACUUCAUUCAUUCAUUGUUCAUGGAGUACUAUACUAUAAUGCAUUUCUUAAGUGAACUCAGGUUUAAUCGCUAUACGGUUGUUAGGGAGUGGGAAUACAGAAAAUGUGAGUUUAUUAUUGAAUGAGUCCUAAAUUUCAUAUUAUUUUCCAUUUGGUCGUCAAAAUGAGCCUUAUAAAUAGUGAAAGUGGAUUUUUAUAAAUUAUAUGGUUCUUUUAACUUGGUGAUUGGUGCUGUAGCGGGAUGAGACGUCCCGGGGGUGCGGGGAAGGAGCCUGUUAAGGGUCUCUAUUGGAAAAUUGGUC